UGAGACUUCACGCUCGUCGGCUUGUAGCGACCACCCUGCGCGCUCACGGCCGGUGAAAGGCGGAAGUGACGGCAGCGGCGGCGCGGUGCUCGGCCCCGGGAGACCCAUCUCUCCCUACCUGGCGGUACACAGGGAGGGCUGUGUCCGGGGGGCCCCCCCAGUUAUUAGCGAUACCUCCUCUUCCAGCAACAGCAGCAGCACCGCGGUCACCAUGGCGACCAAUCUGCGGAAGGGCGGUGGGCUCAUCGGCUUGGUGAAAGACGCCUUCCAGCCUCACCACCAUCACCCGACAGCCCAGCCUGGGACCGUGGACCGGAAAACCGUGGAGAAAUGUUGGAAGCUGAUGGACAAGGUACCGUUUAAACCCUCCCCGCCAGGCGAGCCCCAGUGACGCCAUAGCUGCACUCUGUGACGUCACAUGUCGCCCCCCAGAGCUCAGUUUGGGGUCGCUACAUCUGUGACUGCUAACGCGCAUCCCUGACCGACACACAGCAGCCUUUUGUUUGCGAUGUCGCAACAACACAUCCGUAUCCUCCUCACCCCCUGUGGGUCUCCUAAUCCAGGGGUCCCCCAGCUGCUGCUGAACUACACUUCCCAUAAUUCUUCGUCAGGCUUAAGGCUGCAAAAAAGCAUUGUGGGAUUGGUAGUUCUACAACAGUAGAGGAGAAGUGGGUUCUCUUCCUUUAGGCUAACACAAGCUUAGUUUUUACUUUUGGCUCUUCAGCUGUUUUGGUCUACGUUCACCAAAAUUCUUCUCCCCCCCUCCCCCAACCCCCCAUAGCCAUUUGACUUUUUGGCUGGCUGAGCAUGUUGGGAACUGUAGUCCACACUGGCUGGAGUGGUAGAAGAUUAGCCACAGUGAUGUCACAUUGUACCUAUUGAUUGAGACCACAGAGUAUCCUCUCCAGCAUACGCCCUGCCUCGCUAAGUGGAUUGGUGUUGUGGUACAAGAUGCACACUUUAAUGACCUUACUUGUGCAGUUAACUCUCUCUCAGACCUUAUCACAUCACUGGGAGCCUGGAAUUUUUCCUUUUUUUUUUUUUUUUUUUUAAAGUAAGGUCUAAUGUUAAUCAAGGGUUCUGUACAUUGGUACAUAAAGCUAUUUUGCAGCUCACUGUGUGUACUCACAUGAACUCGAGUAUAUUGCCUAAACAAUGAAGCAACAAACUAAUUGCAAACAUAGUGCAAAUAACAUAAGCUGUCUGGUAGGUUUUGUUGGCGUAAACAUAACUGUUUUGUCAUUUUACGGUUUAGCUAGUAUUCCCAUGUCACACAUUCCCUGCAGAAUUACAACAUUGCGUAUUCAGUAUAUAUCUAGUUUAAAUAUAAAUUACACACUAGUAUGCCCAUGUCACACAUUCCCUGCAGAAUUACAACAUUGCGUAUUCCGUUUCCACAAGUGCCUAACGGAAUCUAUAUAUCUAAAGUGAUCGAUCUCAUACAUAGUUUAAAGAUUGCUGUAUAGAAACAUUUUUAGUAUCAAAGAGGUGUUUACAUUGAAGUCUGUGUACAUGAGUUGCCUUGCUUUGACUUUUCAUUACUUCAGUACGGUAUCAAAUAAGUAAACUUAUUUUUGAUACUUAUGUCACUAACCAGUUGUCUGGUACCUUGCACUUUAAUUACUGUGUUGGAUAUGCUCCCAUUGUUAAAUAAUUAUAGUAAACACUGCCCUACUGCCUCAAUGGUAUUCUGAACUUUAGUGACAGUGUUUUAUAGUCCUUGCUGAUUGUACACAAUGCUUAAUGUUUGUUAGACCUAUAUCCUACAAACAGCACCACAUAUUGCACAAACUCUAUGCAACGUUUUUCCAAGUCUUCUUUUUUUUAAUUUUUUUUUUUUUGUGCAGAUUUCUUUAGAUCUUUGUUUUCAUUAAAUGUUAAACCAGAAUAUAUACUUGUGAUACAAGUAUAUACUCAAGUUUCACUAUGUCCUGAAGAUUCCUUAUACCAUAAUGAUUAUUUUGGGCCACUAAAUAUAGCUUAAUUCCAGUUACUUUUGACUGCCCAGACCCAAGUUUCUUGUGUCGUCUUUCUUUAUAUCCCAUUCAUAUUAACUGCAACCUGCUGGCACAUGAUACAGGGUGUAGGGAUUAUGGGUUGAUUUGUUUGUGUGUAUUUGCGCUCACAUUCUCGUGUGUGUAGAGAUAUAUGUAUAUAUCUAGUUUAAAUAUAAAUUACACACUCACAUCUACACUUAAAGCUGGUGACCUAAAUGACAGCACUAUUUGCAGAGGAAGUAUCACCUUCCUUUUUGUUGGUGACAGUUCAGUUUUAAUGCACCUUUGCAAGCUUACUUUGAGGAAGUGUGUAGCAGAGGUUAGUUGAAAAAAAAAUGCAUAUCUCUGCUGCAAAGUGUGCGGGUGGCAUCUUUUCUAAAUUCACUUAUGGUAGCGCUUUAGUUAUGUGCAACAAAUGCAAGUCUGUACCAGCAGACCCUAACAUUUUAUGCAAAAAAGAAAAUCAUUGCCCUCCCCACCCUCCUUUUUGUUAAAUAUUUGUGCGGUGGUCUUCAACCAGUAUGCCACAAACAAAUUGACUUGAGUGUUAAUAGAGUGAAUUCACUCCCCUCCCCCCCUUUUCUCUCCAAAGUGAGUAUUUUGUAAAGAUACAUACAUUCAACGCAAUUCCAAUCUAAAAAAGUAAUAGUGGUCCAGGCACUCCUUGGUUAAAGACAGGUACUUUAUUAGGAACCACAACAGCAACGUUUCGACCCCAAAAGGUCUUGUCAAGACCUUUUGGGGUCGAAACGUUGCUGUUGUGGUUCCUAAUAAAGUACCUGUCUUUAACCAAGGAGUGCCUGGACCUCUAUUACUUUGUUAAUUUUUGGAAAUCUGGUGUUUGAUUCCGGUUCAGCAAGCACCCUGGCUCUGAUUUAUGGGAAUGAGUGCAGUUCCACACACACUACUAAAUGCAAUUCCAAUCUAGUCAAGAGAUAUGCUAAGUCAAAGUAGGGACUACUUAGUUUUAGUAAUUUUCCUUCACUUGACAAAAAGGCAGUCGCGCUUUGUAAAAGCUUGUCAAGCCCCCAGCCUUCACUAGUGAUGGCUGAGGAGGCAAGGGACAGGUUCAGGUAAGUAUAACUUGCCUUUCACUGCAUCUCCAAGCCACCAAACAUCCAGCCGGUUAUGUCACAGUCAGGGGUCUUUGAAAAUUAUGUAAAGACCAUAUAGGGUGACAUAGUUGCUCUGUAUUUAAUUUUUUUAAAUUUUUUUUUUUCUUCUUUAAUAAGUGUCGCCAUUAAAACUGUAAGACUUAUCAGGCAAAGACGUAAUACUAGUAAGUAAUUUUAGCUACAUGUGACAUUUGCACGAUGCUGAUGAAUUUCUUUAUUUAGAAAAAACACUACAAAUUGUCCUUUCUUGGUAUAACAAAUGUGGUACCCACUGUUUGACAACAGUUUAACCUCAAAGUUUGGGAUUGAGCUUAUGUUCCUCUCUGCACUGCGGUAUGAGGAAGGGUUAGCUGAGCAGUCUUUGACAGUAAGAGAAUGCCCAUGCGUACUAUUUCUCACAGUAGGUGUCCAUUGAUGGGUCAAAGGUUGAAGAAUUGGGCGGCGAGCCCCAGCUUUGAGUUAAACCAUUGUAAAACCCCUGAUGGUAAGAAGGUGGCCAAACACUCCUGCCCCAUGGACUUCUGUUGGUAUGAGGGUUGGAGUGUUCCUUUAACCCCUUAAGGACCAAACUUCUGGAAUAAAAGGGAAUCAUGACAUGUCACAUGUGUCCUUAAGGGGUUAAACUGGCACUUUUGUAGCUGCAUUAUAAUUUUCCCCUUCUCCCCCCACGCCCCCCAGGCAACUGUGUGGGCAUAUAUAAUUUAAAUGUCCAACUAGAAAGUGGCUAAAAUGUCUGAGUGAAUACUAGUUGCCAUUUGAUGAAUAUGUAAAACAUUUUAGUAUUCUAGUUGUCAUGUGCUUAUUGUAUAGGAAUGAAUGACACCUGCGUGCAACUGUACUGGUGUCUUUGGUCACUAUGAAUGGCUUACAUUUUUACUCCUGGGGUGAAAAGGACGUUUGACUAAAUAUGCUUAAAACAGUAUGCACAGAGGUUAGGAUUAUUUUGUAUAAUGAUAUAUGCAUGUUUUUUGUGAAAAAAAAGUAAGCUCCAUUUGUGGUCUCACGCUUCGAAGAGGAAGAGAUAUACAUGUAAAAGAAGUGUCUUUACCCAGAAAAGAAACCAUGUUUCUCACGUCUACAGGCCCAUAGCUUUGCCCUUCAGAAAACGUAUAAUUAUCGUGCUCACAGUGUACUGUUAGAAGUGCUUUUUACAAGGUGAAUGACUGGUAUAUGUUAGGUCAUCAAAGUGUUGCAUUAAUUUCUUAUACAGUCAAUAAGAAAUAAAUCGAGCAUUUAAUCGGCUGUGACCGUUCAACCAGUCAUCUCGACUUUAGUGAUAAUUAUCAGGGGUGAGGAAUUCUUUCACCUGACACUCAGGACAUGCCUGGGUACUGGGCAAGCGCAAGGGCUUCUCCUGGUAUUCCUGUUGAUGACAGGGCCCAAGCAGGGAGUGUGGGGUCUGCACCGCUGGCUGGUGAGGCCACAGAAAUUGCUCCCUUGUGGUGCAGUACUUACUGAAGAGUCAGUAAGCACUCUGACUCGCUGGUUGCUGGUAAUGCAAGGGAGGGGUUAGUGUGGUCUGCACCCACCAGAAAUACAGACCAAAUGCUUCCAUACUAGACUAUCAGGUAUUUUAACCCCCAAUGGACAAUAUACCGCUCACUUCAGAAAGCUAUGUGGGGCAAAGCGUGAAAACACAGUACACACGGGGACAGGGCUACUCCUGGGGAGGGGUCUGAACAGAGUGUGUGCAGACCACAGUAGUCACAAUCCAGCACUUACGGAUGAGUCAAAGAGCAGCAGCUGUCUCACUGAGUUCUAGUAAUGCCAGGGUGUGUUUAUUAUGGUUUGCCGAGAGUACUGACCAAAUGCUCAGGUGACUAUAUAGUGUCCCUUUAAUUUUAGGAGUGUUAGUUGUUGGAGUAGCAAGUACUGGGGCUGCUCUUAGAAAUUUUAGGUGACAUAUUAUGGCAAUGUAUGCAUCUAGAAUCUAUUUCAAAACAAGAACAUUUUUUUAAAUUUUUUUUUAAGAAACUCCAAUGUUUACUCUGCAUGGUAAGUCCUCCCACUGACAGCCACUAGAGACGUUUCCGUUGCACUGACCGUGUAAAAAUUGGCCACGUGAUGUGGAAGCACCUUGGAAAAGCAUUCUUGUGCGAAAGUUUGAAUGCGUGUGUGUGUGGUCCCCAAUGGUCCUGUAUGAGGUGCAUUAAAUUGGACCAUCAGGGAGGCUGAAGGAGAGCUAACCAAGGCAGAGGGAGUCUUGGUGCUGGUCUACGCAUCUGAAUUGUUUUAGUUGACUAAUUUUAUUAGUCAACAAUAUUAACACUGGUUGAAACACUUAACACUUACCAUAUUUCCAUCGAUGGGGUACCUCUGUGCUGGCUCCAUCUCCUCCUCUGAUGUCACAGCAAUAGGUGAACCAAAUUCACACGCGAGGCAAGUGCUGCAUGCGAUAUAGGCAGUUUACAUAUUCUUGGCAUUUAAAUAGUGCCAACGUAUUCUGAUGCACUUUAUAAUAAUAUAAAAGGGGGGAAUUUAACAAUAAAUGAGACAAUUACCAUAUGUUACAGGAAAAAUAGGUAGAGUUUACAAUCCGGAGGAGGUGGGGUAUAAAAACACAAUAGGGCAUCAAGGGAAACUGCUUUCAUAUGGGGAUUUUGAAGACCCUGGAUGUCCUCAUGCAUUAAACUCUGUGAAAAUCCAGGAAGUACCUUAGCGGCUGUUUUAGCCAUGUAAUGUGAACUCUCAGAGAACAGGGUCACUGCACCUAGACAACUUCAAUGAGAUGAAGUGGUCUUGGUACCUAUUGUGUCCCUUUAACUUGGUGCUGUUCAGGGUAUAAGUUGCUUGUACUUUCCUCACCCCAUAUUGUAUAACUCUGCAAUUAUCUACAACGUCUCGUAAGCCGCUUGAGUGCCCAGUCACCUAAUUUAUCCCAAUCAUUUGUAGAGGAGACUUAUCCUGCUCUUACUAGUGUUGCAUUACCUGCUUUGUUCGUUACAAACAUUUUCGCACAACACAUUCUGCUAAAGGAAGCAAUAUUUAUUCACAGUUGUCAUUUUACAGAAAACCAAAUCAUAACUUAGAACUAUAAUUUAUUUAGUGUUAAUUUAGUCCUAAUAUCCAGGAUGCCCAGGCAGAGGAAACACAAGUUUUCCCCUGUGAUAUCAGUGAUUGAGUAGGAGGUGGGAGUGAAUUCCCAGUGAAUUUAGAAGAUAUUGGGUUGGUUCAUUAAAUACUGAAAUAAAGUGAAUUGAAAUGUAGAAAAUGUGAAUCUUUUCACCUCUACUGCGUUAGAAUGUUUGGUUUUAACAAGCUGCUGUUUUAAAGUGGAUUAAGGACCAUGCAUGCUUGGUGUCUGCACGCGCAGGUUGGCUAGCAAAAGCAGUAGCAGUACCCCACAGCAGGGAAUAGCUCUAAAGAGCUAAUACACGCCUAGCAGUAAGUUUCAGUUGUGAGGGGCCUGGUAGAGGCACGGGCUGUCCCCAGGUAAGAAAUCAAACCAUUUUAAAAUGCUUUCAUUACCUACAUUAGGGGGCUGCAACAUGCAUGGGUAUGGUGCUUGGUGUGUUCCUUUAAUAAAUGUCUUUGUCAAAUAUAUCAAUCCACUGCUGCAUUUUACUACUUCAUCUCUGAAACCUUGUGUCUCCAUCGUGGUUCUCUACCCAUUAUUAACUUGACCGUUUGCUCGUGUCACCAUUUGGAGAAGAGGAAAGACAAGUAAUAACUAGUUUCUAAUGUUGUCACUACUGUUAAUUGGCCAGCCGUUACUCGCCAAAAUUCCUGUCUCUACUUUUAUCUGCUGCUUACUGACAAAAUGUAACUAGCAACAAGAAGUUGCCAGCCGUCAUUAUUGAAAGCCAGUUGUCAAAUAGAGGUUUGCACCUCGCAUUAUUCUCUGUCGGAGCUGCAAACCUACUUAGCAAGCGGUUUCCAUCCCUGCCGCUAAACAAAGAAACUUUCCACCAACCUCUGGCCUGGUGGACAUUUUAUAGGACAAAUUCACAAUCACUGUAUGGCACUACAUUGAAACUCAAAAGCACUUACCUGAGCAUAUCUUUUUAAAGAGCAAUAAAAUAAAUCAAAAGGCCAGACACAUGAUGCAAUUAUUCUUUCUAUAUAUAUUUUUUCAUUUAAAUAAAAAAAUUCCUGGUUAGCAAUAACCAAUAGCAAUGAACCCCACAUAGAUGUGUAUCUGACUGGCGGGGUGAGACCUAAUGUGCAUGCACGGCAAUGCCGCGCACGUGCAUUAGACCUCCCCAUAGGAAAGCAUUGAAAAAUGCUUUCAAUGCUUCCCUGUGGGGAAUUUAGCGACGCUGGAGGUUCUCACAUAGCGUGAGGACGUCCAGCGACGCUAUAGCACAGAAAAUCUGUGCUAGAAACCUGGAAAUGCACUCUAGUGGCUGUCCAGUAGACAGCCACUAGAGGAGGAGUUAACCCUGCAAGGUAAAUAUUGCAGUUUAUGAAAACUACACUAUUUACAGUUGCAAGCUUAAGGGUAGUGGGAGUUGGCACCCAGACCACUCCAAUGGGCAGAAGUGGUCUGGGUGCCUGGAGUGUCCCUUUAAGCUGUAGUGGUCGUGGUUAUUAUAGUGUUCCUUUUUAAGAAUUUUAUUUUGUCAUCGGGGGAAAAAAGCUUUGUAAAUAAAACAAAUUUUAAAAAAACUCUCCUAGAUUCAAAGCAAAUUUGUCAUGCCCUGCUGUACCCAAUCACAUGGUGAAGUAUGCAUGCACUUGAGCCAUUUUUAUUUUUUAAACCUAGGUGUGGUUGCUAUAGUGACGGCUUACAUCGCAUGUGUUUCUCUGCUUCAUCAGCCAGUGGCUAAUCUGUGAAUGGUCAGAAUUUUUGCAAUCUUGGCACAGCCAGUAAAUAAUGGCAACAAGGUUAGAAACCUGUAGGUAAAUAACAGAUGCUGCUACUGUAUGUCAGGUGUUGCUACUAUAAUCACCCAGCCCUCUUCCUCUCAAUAAAAUGGUUUGGGUGGUCCUGUCAUUGUAACCCUGCAAUGUAAAAUAUUAGUCUUCCAGCCAGCCAGUAGAGGGGCUUCCACCGCACUGACUGAGUAGAACUCACUUGAUGUGGAAGCUUGUAGGAAAUCAUUGAAAUCUAUGCUUUUCUAUAAGAAGUAUUUGAUAUGCACAUCAGGUCCCUGAUGGUGGUGAUUUGGAUUUGACCAUUGCUGGAGAAGGUCAUGGGAAGCUGUGCUGGAAGAGGGGUGUGUAAAAAGUUUUUUAUAUUUUUUAAUCUUUAUACUGUUAAAGGGGUGGGGGAGGGGGCUGGAUGCUACUAGGGACAGGGGAACUAGUGUUGGGAAUACAGGUUUGCCAUGUUUGAAAACAAGUCAAAUGUAUUUAUUUUCUUCCAUUGUAAUGUGUGCUUUGGCUGUGCCUGUACUGAAAUAGAUUGUAAUUUUUUUUAAUGUUUUUUUUUUUUUUUUUCUUUUCUUUUUUUUUAUUCUUUAUUUUUAUUGUGCAUCGAUUGACCUACAUGCAUAUGAUGCCAUGACGGCAGUGGUAAUCACAAUAGUUACAUACAUCAAAAUAUCGUGUCAUGGCAUGUGAGUAUUCUGCACUUUUUAAGGUAUAAUAAGACAGGCUGAACUUUGGAUCUAAAUGGAAGAUCUGAGUAACUACAAAUUUAUAGGAGCGUAAGGUAUUGCUUGGAGCAUGGUAUAUGCUAGGUAAGGUUAUCAUGUCUAACCAAUGCCCAUCUGUGGCUGUACAUAUUCUGGAUCUGUAACAUGUCCACUGGGCUGCAGUGGGGUGUAGCAUCUACAGUCCCUGCCCCUGUUCGGGAUCGCGGGAGAGUCCCUGCAUCUUGUGGCACGCAGUAUGUGUCUCGGAGCCCCAUCUAUUUUAUUUUUGGCCUGUUUGGAGAUCUGUCGCUGGGUUCUGUGGGUCAGAGCCAAAUAUGAGGUUGGCAUCAUCUUCGUCCUAGUGCCGAGAGGAGCUCGGGUUGCCUUGCGCUUGAUGCGGGUAUCUGGUUUCCUUUGCUGUAGCCUGGGCAUUGCAGCAGCAGCGGUUGUGGCCCUUCUCUCUCGUGGGUUAUUUUCAGGUAUGUUCUGGGUUGAUUUCCCCACUGGGAGGUCAGGGUUUCCAAGGUCCCCGUCGAUGCGUUGUCUCCGAUGCAGCGUGGGCUGUGAGGUCAGCGUUUUAACUUCAAGUUGCCGCCAAAAUCUCUCAAAUGCCCUGUCUAUGCGUUGCAGUAUGUCAACUGUGGAGUUGGGCUGUAACAGCUCCUGUCCGUGCAGCAAUUGCCUCUGCUCAGGGAACUCGUCCGCCAUUUUCGGUGCAUUAGUCUCCAUGUGGUAGAUGUCGGUCUUUUGGGUAUAGCGUGUGUUUGCUGCACCAGCCAGUAGGGACCGGGAUGACCUCCACCGUGGGGGGACCUCGUAUGAGAGUCUCACCGCCAGGCAAAGCAGUAGGAGAGCGGCCACCUCUCCCCCGCCUGGUCGCUGCUAGGCCGCAGAGCCUCGGGGUAUAGUUUCCAGUGUCUGAGAGGUUCCUGUGAGGUUUACAGCAGAAAGGGUUAAUCCUAGAUGGACCUAGCACCCAGACCACUUCAUUAAAGGACCACUAUAGUGCCAGGAAAACACACUCAGGGUCCCACUCCCGUGGCGCUGAAGGGGCAGGGAGGGGGUUAAAUUUUACCUUUUUUCCAGCGCCGGGCUCCCUCUGCCUCUUCUUCCGUCAUCGGCUGAAUGCGCAUGCGCGGCAAGAGCCGUGCGCACUUUCAGCCAGUCCAUAGGAAAGCAUUCUCAAUGCUUUCCUAUGGAUGCUGGCGUCUUUUCUCACUGUGAAAAUCACAGUGAGAAGCGCCUCUAGCGGCUGUCAAUGAGACAUCCACUAGAGGCUGGAUUAACCCAUAGGGAAACAUAGCAGUUUCUCUGAAACUGUUUACAGCAAAAAGGGUUAAUCUUAGCUGGACCUGGCACCCAGACCACUUCAUUAAGCAGAAGUGGCCUGGGUGCCUAUAGUGGUCAUUUAAGCUGAAGUGGUCUGGGUGCCUAUAGUGGUCCAUUUAAUGUGAAGUUGAUGUUUUACAACUACAUAGGUGAUCUGUGAAACUAACACUUCUGUGUUAACUGUGGCUUUACAUAAAGUCUCUGGUUCUAGAGAAAACCCAAAACUGUCUUAAGUGGAAACAAUGAAUUUUACUGCUAUUCUAGGACCUAUAGGAGCAAGCACAUGUUAAAAAUAAAAAAAACAAGGUAACUUGGAUGCUUUGCUGUCAGUUUGCACUGCACACUUUUAAAUAUGUCCAGUAGGAAGCAGUUGGUGUAUACUAAUCUCCAUCAUCUGUCUGUCUAGUCCCAGUACCCUAAUCUGCAUUUAAUAUUUGAUUAAUCCUUUCACUGCUACAUAAAUAUGUAAAAAAGGGUUUGCAUACACUUUUUUUUUUUCUUUUUCUUUUUUUUUUCCCAUAAAACAGUGCUACAUAUAAGAAUGCAAAAUUAUAUCAUGCACUUCCUAAUAUAAUAUCGAACGUUAUAUUAAUAUGGCUUUUGUUUGGAUUCUUUAUUAUUGAAGGGGCACUCCAAGCACCAUAGCCCUCUAGUGUUAUGGUGCCAGUAGUGUUGUCGCCCUUCUACUGUAAGAUGCCAAACCAUACUAAAACAUUUUGACAAUUUACCUGGGUACAAUCUGCCGAGUACCUUGACAUUGCGUAGACUGAGCUGGAUUCUGAUAUAAUUUGAAAAAUAUUCAAUAAAAAAAAAUCUGAGUGUCACUGGAAAAAAAAGUUAACUCAAGUUUCAUUGAUUAUUUUUUCAUUAGUGUAAUAUCCAGAGAAGUGACAUUUCCUCUUUAGUAAGUAAUGACAGCAUUUGCAUUCAAACUAGUAAUUACAUUAUUGCUAACAACACUGUGUACAUUACAGAAGUAGUUAAAUAAAAAAGAAUGCCACCUACGGCAGCUUCAUUGUGGUGUCAUAUUGGACACCUGAUGUCAGCCCAUACAGUAUGCCAGUUACAGGUGUCCAUUGGCUGCAUGCCCCUUUUCCUGUGCCUCCUAUAUUCUUUCCUCAGUCCGUCCUCCCUAUCCAGCGAGGGGCAGUGGCAUCAUCUAAAGAAAAUCGGGCUGAGGGUACUUACCAAGGAAAAUAUUAUUUAUAUAUUGUAAGUAGGGGAGGCAGGAUUAAAAAAUACUCUAACCUGGAACAGUGUUUUAUUAAAACACAGUUUUUCAAAUAGAGUAACCCUUUUGGAUUUGAACUUAAAGGAAUACUAUAGGGUCAGAAAUACAAACGCGUUCGGUGCCGGCCCCCUUUUGCCCUCCCUUAAAAAGGUGAAAAAGUCCCCUUUAUUCCGCCGUGUGAGUCCCCCAGCACUGGCUUUUCCCCUACUCCACCUCUUUGGCUUAGAUCAUCAGAAUUGACUAUCUCAGAACAGCCAAUCCAAUGUUCUCUCAUUGAAAAGCAUUGGGAGGCUGAUGCAAAUGCGCAGCAAAACAACGCUGUGCACCAGUCAGUAUUUUCUCAUAGAGAGUAGGGAGACGCUAAAAGUCAAUGCUGUACAUUGUGCAGCACUGACCGAGGAAGCACAUCUAUUGGCCAUCUGAGUGACUGCCACUAGAGGUGAUACUAGGCAGAAAUGUAAAUGCUGCCUUUGCCUGAAAAGACAGUGUUUACAUUAAAAUGCCUGCAGGGAAAGACUGUACACACCAGAACAACUACAUUAAGCUGUGCUUGUUCUUGUGACUAGAGUGUACCUUUUAAAGAAUUACAUGUAGUUGCCCAAGGGAAAGACCCCCACAAAGCCCUGAUUUCAACAGUCUGUCUAGGAUUACACGAAGGGACAAAAGCCACAGAUGCUGCCUAUAUCCAAAAAAAAGUGGUGGUUAGGUCUCCAAUGUCUUUUGGAACAACCUACCUAACCAAGUUCCCCAAAAAACAUCUGUGUGCAAAUGAACCUAUAAAAAUUGGUUAUUUUGAUGUAGAAGGAUGGUAAUUUUGUUAAGUGAUAAAACCAAACGAUUGGCAUUUCUAUGUUUAAAAGCAUUCUUACUUUACAGUGUUUUUCACGCCUGCCUGAAACUCUUGCACAGUAUGUGUAUUUGUUGCCGUGGGGCUGUUCUCUGCUGAAGUAAUUUUAAAAGAAUAUGUUGAAACACAUACUUUCCCUUUAUUCCUAGAAGUGCAAUGUAAAAUCUAUAUUCUAUUUUUGCCAGAUGAGUAUUUUAUAAAAGUAGUCUUUAUGAAAUACUCAUAUUGACUGUUGGAAUGUCACUGAAAUACUGAGACAAAGUAGGGACUACUUUGUCUCUGUAUAUUUCCAAUGCCUGAUACUUCUAGAUACUGAGGGUAGCUACUAUUGUCUCGAAGUGUCAAUUCCCCCCGCCGGAAAUUGGCUUCAUCUAUGGAGAAUCCCACGCUCUCACUGGUUCCUCCAUAAACCUCAAAUGCUGUACUGUCACGCAAGUUCUGCAAAGUCCCCAGGCGGUGGCACUUUAAUCUGUUUAUGUGGUCACUUUGCUCAUCUGUCUCAUCUAGGAACUGAAGUAAACCUGUGAGGGGACAACCUUUCAUAACCAAUCUGGUAUCCCUCGAGGAGGAUACUUUACAUCACAUACUUUUAUAUAGAAAAAGUGAUGCACUCUCAUUGGUGUAACUACAAGUAGAAUUGAACAUUUCGGCUACCCAGGCUGUUAAAAAUAAAUAGUUUUUUAUUUGUCUCUCCAUUUUCUUAUCUGCGUGUCCAAAUGUCAUUGUUUUAAAAACUAUAUGGAGAUAAGACUACAGGGGACGAUCUAUACACUAAAACUGCUUCAAUAAGAUCAACUGACUUUGGUGCUUAACUUAUCCAUUUAAAACUGCAAUCCUCUCCUUGCAAUGUUUGCCCUAUAACUUUCAAAAAAUCAUAUCUAUCAAAUUCUGGUCAUUUGUGGCAUUUUAGCAAUCAAGCUUUUGCUAUUGUUUAUUCAGCAUGCACACUUCACACAGACCGUUCAGACAGGAUUGAUCUAAAAGGGCUGGUUGAAAGCCCUAGUGGACUGACUUUGUGUACAUCACUGCUGCUAUGGCCCACUUUCAGAAGUGCCUACGGUGCUUAGACUGAACUUUUAGCUUUUAAUUGGACCUCAUCUAGGUGUACUACUUGCAAGCAAGAGAUGUAGGCUAACCUUUAUAUGUAGGUACAUUUUUACAUUCUCUUUCAUAUCUGAACUUUGAAAAACACUUUUUUAUUUUUUAAUGCACAUUUAAUGUUUUGAAAACCUGGUAAUUACUCCAAGGUAUCCCUUUUCUCUAGCGAAUUGCAAUUUGAGUGAGUGUGAUAUUUUCAUUGAUCAAAUAUUCUAUAUCCGCUGCUAGUUAUUCCUAAUUGCAUCAAAAAAUACUUUUAAGCACCUUCUUGACUUCUUAAGGAAUCCUGGUGUGAAAAAACCUUUUCUCCUUUUUAUAGUCCUGGUUUUGGACAUAAUUUAUCAUGGGGAAAAUACCUACAGUGAGAUGGUGCCUAGUGUCUCUUUAAUGGAGAUCAUCCCUCUUUGCAUCUGCAGAAUCACUGUUUUAUCACCUAGAUUUCCUGUACUGAUGAGACUGCUCUGCGCUGGGAGAUAUUGGUUUUAUUAAAUACAUGUUUGUUUACUUGCCUCUCAAAAUUAUUUUAACAGUUUUUACAUUGGCUAAUUUUUAUUUUGUCAAAUAGUAUCAUGCCUUGCUAAUACAGUUUAAUAAGAUAUUGAUUACAUAUUAUAUAGGUAUAUAUUGAAACACCUUUUUUUUUUUUUAUUUAUUUUUUUAUUGCAGUGCAUCAUAAGAAUUAAUUUAUUUAUUCUAAGUUUUGGAUGUAACAAUUUCGUUGUUGGUAAAAUUUCAAUAAUGUAAAACAUAUCGAAUAUCCCAAAACUAACUUUUCAAACCUCCUAUUGUCACAUGUAGGUAGUCCGUUUAUGCCAGAACCAGCGGCUGGCCUUAAAGAACAGUCCACCAUAUAUACUGGACCUGCUUCCAGACACCUACCAGCACCUUCGUACUAUUAUGUCUCGUUAUGAGGGGAAAAUGGAAACACUGGGAGAAAAUGAAUAUUUCCGGGUAUUCAUGGAAAACCUUUUAAAGAAAACAAAGCAAACUAUCAGCUUGUUCAAAGAGGGAAAGGAACGUAUGUAUGAGGAAAAUUCCCAACCCAGGUCAGUCUGCUGUGUAUGCCUCUCCUCUGUCUCUUACCUCAAGGCCUCGCACUUGGAGACCAAUGGUUUAGUAAUUCCACACUGAGAUAUAUUAUGUAGCAUGUCUUGAAUGCUUCAGUUUUGUUACAUAUUUUCACCAGUUUGUUUUGUCAUGCAUUUGUAUAUGAACGUACCCAUUCCUUUGCUCCCGAGUUUUUUUUGUUUUUUUUUUUCUCUCCUCAAAAUUUCAAUAAAUUUUUUUUAACGUUGGUCUGAUCUGUGAGUGUCUUCGUAACAAUUUACCACAAAAUCUUUCCUGUUUCAUAAAUCUAUAAAUAAAACCUGAUACUCUGCUGUCCCUUCACUUAGUCCUUAAUAUUUUGUUUAUUUACUACAUUUAACAAAUAUGUGUGUGUGUGUGUAUGUGUGCGGUGCGAAAAAUAACAUUGUAGAGGUCCACACCUCUUGCAAUUGAGCUCUUCUAUCUGGGCUCCCUGUUAAAGCAGAUCUGCCAAUUUCAGAGGUCUUUGCAUAUUACCCAAAGACCCCCGAAAUGGACAGGUCCGUUGGAAGCAGAGUGCAGGGAGGUGGGUUUUACACGACUCUCAUGACUGCUGCCAUAUUAAUGCUGCAGAUCUCUUUUGGCUCCAUGCACUUGAGCUGUCAGAAGUCAUGUCAGUGCUGUACUCUCACGCAUUUGUGAGGUCUUUGGGGGAGAGUGCUGUAUUCUUGCUCAACUCUGAGGUCUAUGGAGGAGACCUUAAAAAAAAACCUUUAUAGAGAGAGCCUCAAUCCUGCAGCCAUCAUUUGUGCCGACUGCUUGGAUUGGACAGAAGUUGACAGAGGAGCUCCUCCCUUUGUCAACUUUGACAACUUCAGGCUUUAUCAUAGUAGUCCCUAUUUUAUCUUUUUGGAUGAUUGUUGGAUUUUGUUGGAAUUUCAGUGCAAUUCCAUCGCAGUUUUAGUCCGUAUUUGAUAAAGAUUAUAUACUGAAAAAAGAGACUGUAAACACUGGUAUAAGAUUCUGUCCUUUGCACCUGGCAGUCAGCCGAGAGUUAGCACUUAGAAAGGAGGAGAAACGGCACAAAUGUUUUGUUUUUUUCCUCCACAUUUUCAAAGUGUAUUUUGGCGGUGCUUGGAAUAAACCUGAUUGUUAUAUAAUCUUUUAUAUACAUUAAAGAGAACUGUGCAUCACCUGAAAAAGUUAUAGGUCAUGUUCAGAUUUUUAUUAAAUGGUGUCAUUUACAGAGAAGUGACAUUUCCCUUUAAGCCUUUGCUGAGAGCGCAAUGCUAAACACUGGCUGAAACAAGAAAAAGUCUAUUUUAUAUAAAGAAACAAAGAAAAUAUGCAAUGUCCAAGUGCACACAAAGAAUCAAAGGAAAAUAUUGAUAAAAAUACAAAUUAGGCAGUGCUAUAAAUGGGACAUAUCAAUAUAAGGAGAAAUACACCAGGCCUGUUUAAAAAUAGGAAGUUUAUUUCGUUAGGAGAGUAGCAAGUCACAGAAAAGAGGAAGUGUUUAACCACAGUAAGAGGCAGCCAAUGAUAAUGAACUGUUGUGAAAUAAAUGUACCAUUUCCUGCAAGUUUAGGAUGUCCGUAAGAACCCGGCGAAUAAAUUUUUUUUUUUUAUUAAGUUUGCAUGUUUCACAAAGAAAGACAAAUGGAAAGAUAUGUUCUAACUCACAAGGAAAUGACCAAUUACUUUUUGUAAGUGUUGUGCCAUAUUCGAUGCACAUCAUGCAGAAAAAAGAGGAAACGGUAAAAAAAUAAAUAAAAAAAAAAGCAGGCUUGCUGUUCAGGGCACAUUAUAAUGAAAAUAUUAUGCCGCAUCAUCUUUCAUUUAAAAUAUCUGCUAUUUUUGUUUGUGCUUUUUUUUUUUUUUUUCUCAAUUAUAUUUGUUAAAAGUACACGUAGUCAGGCUGUUUACAUUCUGCUGUGUUUGGAGAGUCUGUAUUCUCUAAACCAGCCUGUAUUUCGAUAGGCUACUUUCCUAUUUUCAUAAGUAGGUCACUUGCAUUUCUAUUUUUUCAACAUUUUGUUUUUCCUUUUUAAAACGUCUGUUAUAAGAAUAGUAAGCUUUUACACUACAUUUUCUGUGUGUCUGUAGUAUUGUCAGCAGGUGUGUGAUGUUCUACAUCAUACCCUAAAUACUUUUGAAAAAAUUAACAAAUUAAUAGCUUGUAAAAACUACACCAUUUUCUAGCUGCAUGAGCUUAGUAUGCAUCCAUUGUUUCGGCAUUACAAUGUUUUAUGGUUUGUUUUUUUCACAAAUUGUUUAUGCUUAAUUUGCAGUUUACCUCGGAAAUGUAACACCUCUCUAAACAUUGUAGAUAAGAAGUGGUCUGAUUAAGCAUAAUUGUGACACGGGCUGACAGGAGUUAAAAAAAAUUGACGCAAAGUGUUCUGUGGCCUUACUAUGAGGUGGGAGUUGCGUAUUAAUUGACAUGGAAAGUGCGAUUGUGCUAAACCACACAUGGUUCAACUGUUUUUACUGUAAACAUUUUUUGGGGUUUUGAGACAUUUGAGGAUGUGUAUUGCUAAUUAAGCUUAUUCCACUGCCCUUCAAAUAUAACUUUAAUAUUAUACAUGCAAUAUAAUUGGCAGUUUUCAAAAUAUCCUACAUAAGGUUGCACACACAAAUAUAGUAUUAUCAGUAUUCACUAUAUCUCACCACAAGACAGAGAAUAUUAUUGGUCCAUAGAAGCGGCCAGGCUGAACGCAAUGUGGAAAUCAUAAACAAGGCAAGGUCAGGAUUACAAAAAUACACUGUAAGAAAACGUGCAAAGGCUAAAUUGCCAAAGACAAUAAAUAUGCUAACUGUGAACCACAAGGAAACCACGACAGGGCAAAGACUGGAUCAAGAGGAGAGCCUUAAGUAGGCACAGGGGCUAUGCUCUUGGCUAGCAUCACAUGGGCGAGGCCAGAACGUGCAAGUCCAAAGUUACCCAAAUGGCAUAGUACGUCAAUUUUGACGCAAGCAUCAGCAGUUAUAUUAUAAUCCUUGUUUGCAGAUAGCACAGUCCUUUGGUUUUCAUAUAAUCCAGGCUAUUUUAUUGGCAAGUCCACACAGCAACACAACUAAAACAUAAAUAUAACAGGAUUCCCCUUUAACCCCUUAAGGACACAUGACAUGUCAUGAUUCCCUUUUAUUACAGAAGUUUGGUCCUUAAGGGGUUAAACAAAAACCUAGCUCGUCUGAGCACUGACUCACUUUUAAUAUCCCUCUCUAUCAGGGUUAAACUAACAAACCAUAUCGUUAGGUUGCACCAACCUUAUUAGGUAGCAACACUCUGCUCUCCUUUCUGCACUCCAAUGCUCUCAGCUAGCGUGCUGCUUUCCUUUCUGCACUCCCAGUGCUCCAAGCCAGCCUUGACUGCUUCCUUCUGCACUCCCAGUGCUCAGUCUCUAUAGUGCCAGGAAAACCUACUCCAGGGCCAGGGUCCCACUCCAGCCGGGCUCUGGAGAGAGGAAAGGGGUUAAACUUACCUUUUUUCCAGCGCCGGGCAUGGAGCUCUCCUCCUCCUCUCCGCCUCCGAUCCUCCUCUUCGGCUGAAUGCGCAUUCGCGGCAGGAGCUGCGCGCACAUUCAGCCGGUCUCAUAGGAAAGCAUUCAUAAUGCUUCCCUAUGGACAUUGGCGUCUUCUCACUGUGAUUUUCACAGUGAGAAGCACGCAAACGCCUCUAGCGGCUGUCAAUGAAACAGCCAAUAGAGGCUUUAGAGGCUGGAUUACCCUAUUUAUAAACAUAGCAGUUUCUCUGAAACUGCUAUGUUUCUAAAAAAAAAAAAAAAGGUUUAUCCUAGAGGGACCUGGCACCCAGACCACUUCAUUAAGCUGAAGUGCUCUGGGUGCCUAGAGUGGUCCUUUAAGCAGAGGAUGAUUGAUAUGGACCUCAGCUCAGAGAGUAGAGAGUCAGAAGGUAUACAAAAUCCUGAUAAGGAAACGUACUAAUUUAAAGGCCAAUUUAGACGAGAUAACAUCUGAAUAGGCUGUAAUAGCCAUAGAAAUAAAAUCCAAUAUAAAAUUGGAAAUAAAUAUGCUUGCAGCGAAAAUGGAUGGUUUUGAGGUUAAAUUAAAAGAUAUGGACCUCCAAGUAAAUCACCUGAAUGAUGAUUGCCAAAAGGCACUCCGCAAAAUUUCAGACCUUGAACUUAAAGUGAGCGAUUUAGAAGACCGUUCUAGGCGGAAAACCCUGCGCUUUAGAAACUUACCAGAGAAGGGAACCCAGGACGACGUUAAAAAAAUUGUGACCGAAUAUAUAUCUGCGUUGGGAAUUACAUAUAAUUCAUCAGAACAACCUAUAGAAAGGUGUCCCAGGCUAUUCAAACCGCAAUCAAUCCAGAAUGAUUUACCUCGUGACCUCAUGGUAUCCUUCUUUUCAUUUGACUUUAAGGAAUCGAUUUUAAAAGCUGCCAGACUAAAUCCAUUUUCUUUGGGCCCUUUCCAGAAUGUCAAGGUGUUCCAGGACUUAUCAUUUGAAACUAGAUCUAAACGGAAAAUGUUCAGCUCUGCCACCCAAAUUCUACGAACUCAAAAUAUAAGAUAUAGGUGGCUCUUCCCUUUAAAAUUAAGUUUGAUAUAUGAGGGCAAAAGAGAAGUGUUUGAUUCAAAUGCGAAAUUAAUGGAAUGAUUGAAAAGUAACAAAUUUCCUGUGUAGAUAUUUAAAUUGUAGAUAUUAUUUUUUUUGUGAUGGUGACUACAAUGCACAUCAAUGAGGCAAAGUAUGUUGAAUCAAUGAAUGAUUUCUCAUUGACUUCCUGGGGAAAUAUUGAUUCAUUAAGUAUUUCAGACAUUAUGCAAGGAGAUAUUAUUUUGUCCUUUCAACAGAUUGUCGAUAACAUACAUAUCUCUCCUAGAGAGAUAUUUACUUACCUUCGAAUUAAACAUUUUAUACAAAAAUGUUAUUCUAACCUCUUUCCCAUUGGCUAAGAAAUUGGAAACUUUAUUUUGCUAUCGAACGGUUUCUAAGGUUACUUCUGUUGCCAUCUCCUUACUUGAUGAAUCUAGGAUCAUCCCCCAUAAACUGAUCAAUACCUGGGAGAGGGAAUUAAAUUUAGUGAUACCCCUUGUAACGGAGCUCCCUGUACUCCGACCGAGUACCCUCCGUUGACGGAUGCUCCUAGCGCUUCCUGAGGGCUCCCAAGUACUGCAGCAGACACCACAACCACCACAGACUCCGCAACCGCCGUAUCUUGACUGGAGUCUCGCCGUCUUCCUUCCACCCUGGAUCAGCUUCUGUCCUCCAGGACUGUGUGGGAAAGAACUCUCCCUUCCACCCUGUAUGAACCUCCAGCAUCCAGGACUGUGUGGUGAAGACCCCUCCUCCAACUGUCAGGAACAAGCUCUUAAAAGAGCUAAGUGACUCAAGCUCAGGGGAGCAUGCAGAGCAUAGCAAUCCCCAGUGUGAUUAUAACAGCUCCCUCCAAUAACGAGACAAGGCUACAUUUAGAGGGAUCAAGAAGAACUGUCAAAACCUUUAUUUCACUUGGGACCAGCCAAUAGGGUCACCACAAUAACAUUGUUGUGAAACCUCAAUAAAAUCACAAACAGUCAAACCAUAUCAAGCAACACACAGUGACUUAUCACAACACAAUGGCACAUUUUUAAAGGGGUGGGGGGAGACAAUAUUUAACAGUAAAUAUCUCACCUGCCUGCAGAAUUAGCAAUAUGCAAAUCUACCCGAAUAUGCAAAUGAACCAGUCUUGCAAUUCAGGUAGUUCAUAUUGCUGUUGCUACCAACAGAGGGCACUAGACAAGCUCCAUAGCCAAACCCACCUAGUUGGUAGCAAACCUCAGCAAUACAAGAGAGCAGGCAAUACAUUACACAGUACACACACACACACCAUAAACAAUUGCAUUACACACACCCUGCACCUAUAAUGGGUACAGGGUGACUAAAACAUAAGAUAAAUAACGCAGCCUACAUAAAUAGUCUGUCUGAAGGUAGACUAGGGGCUUUAAAGCCAGAUACAUGAAAGAGUCAUAGUCACAGGGGAGGAGGCUGGCAAGUAGGCCUCUCCAGGACCAAGUGGCGAAGGGCACUUCGUCACACCCCUUAAUGAUUGGCUAGUCUCCUUAAUAUAAACAAACAUAUACACUGUUUUAAUCUGACUGAAUGCCACUUUAAGGUUGCACACAGAUGGUAUUUUAGUCCAACAAGAUUGACAAGAAUGUAUGAAACAUACGCUUCUACUUUCUGUAGAUGUGGCUCCUACCCUGGCACAUAUAUUCAUAUAUGGUGGAACUGCCCACUAGUUAAUUCACUUUGGGUAUUAAUUCACUUUGGGUAUGGGCAUUUAAUAUCUUUCAUAUAGUUACUUAUUAAACUCAACAAAAAUCCAGCCACUGUCCUUUUACACUUGAAUUGGCAAUUAGUCACAAAAAUAUAUUUGUUUUGCCAUUCACUGCUUUGUUGCAGUUAAAAUCAUUAUUGCUAGACAAUGGAAGACCUCUAAUUUAUUCCAGAAAUCCUGUUUGAUUGACCAAAUUACAUUUCAAUUAACAAUGGAAAAAGAUAUUAUAACAAAUACGACUGUUUAAAAAAAAAUAAAUAAUAAAAAAAAAAAGAUGGUAUUCUAACUGGCUUCAAAAACUUUCCAAUAUUUAAUUGCAAUAUGUUUCUGGUUUAGUGUGGGUUUUUUAGUCAUUGAUAAUUCAAUGUGGGUCAUUUGCUUCCAAAUACAUAACAAUAUAUAACAAUAAUUAUGGUCUCAACUGGGUGCUUUUUUGUACUGUUAUAUGGUAAUAAGCUUUGUAUCUACUAGGCUUUGAUAUAUUAUUAGGAAAUUCCUUCUGCUCUGUAUAGGUGGUGGCUUAUAAAAAUACAGGAGAAGGUGUAGUGCCCAGGGUGUCCUUGAAGUGUGUAUAUAUAAUAAAAACAAGGGAAAAUGGAACAAUAAUAGUGAAUUAUGUAACAGUUCCAAUAAAUAUUAAAUAGAAGUAAGCCCACUCACACAUUUUAGGAGCUUAGAUGUAGCUCUAACUUAAGCUCCUGGGCGGGAUAAUCUCUGCGGAUAUGGUGGAGUGUAGACUCUUACAGUAGAUUCUUGUAGUGGUGGUGACUCUCGUAGAUAUAUGGGAAAUAAACUUUAUAGUGCAGUACAUCAAAUAAAAGCAUAUGAAUGUAUGCACUUGCAUGUCCCGGAGCCUGGAAAGCUGCUUUGCAGAUUAAACGUGAAGUGGUAUAAUCCCCCCACUCUUGGAUAUCGGUGGUUGGUGUUUUCUCUCCGAUGAUAUAAAUAGGGGGAAAACAAAACCAAAAUAUUGUACACCGUAUGGAGUGAAAAUUAAGAGGUUGAUGUAAAAAGCUACUCACAUUUAGUAGAGCAAAUAAGGAUUGCUCUAUCCAACAGGUAUAGGUGGAUUUAUCCCCACCAAGGAUGUAGUUGUUCGCGUUCAGCAGCAAGCAGCUGUAUAAAACUUUUUCAAAAUACACUUAACGUGUUUCGACAAUUACAUGGCUUUAUCCAAAGUGUUGGGAACUGUAUUCUAGGCUUCUUGUCCAAUCCAAUGCCCCUCAUAGAGAAGCUUUGGAACGAGAUGCACAUGAAUGGCAAAUCAAAUGCUUCUCAUAGGAUGUUGAAUGUCACAUGACAGUCCAAUUGUCGUUGCUGAAGAAACGCCUCUAAUUGCUGUCUGGAACAUAGCCACGAGAGUUGUGUUUAACCCUGCACAUUGCAGAGUUAAAACUACAGGACCACUGCACCCUGGCCACUUCAUUGAGGAUGUGGUCUGGUUACCUUUAGUAGUCCUUUGAUGUAGUGAUUGUGGGUCUAUAGUGUGUCCCUGCCGGCUAGGCAGUGAAAACACUGCCUUUUCAGAGAAAAGGCGGUUUUCACAUUGCUGCCAAGUAGCACCUCUAGUGGCUGUCACUCAGACAGCCAUUAAAGGUGCUUUAUAUUUCAGUUCUGCACUGUGUGCAGCACCUACGUUUAGCAUGUCCACACACACUACAUGGAGACUUGGCGCGCUCGCCAUAGAGAUGCAGUGCAUCUGUGAGGAGAUGCUGAUUGGUGCAGUGCUUAGUUUUGCUGCGGAUUCACAAUAUCCUUCCAACUCCUUAGAGGCACUUAAAUUGGUACUCUAGUAGUAUAUUGUUAGGAAUACAUGUUGUAGCAUGGACCUUAUAAUCCAAGAAUGGUUUACAGUACUAAGGUAUUGUAAUGGUUAUCUUCUUCAAAAACACUGUAAGUUUGACUUCCAAAUGACCAACAUAUUUUCAGAUGAGAGAGUACCUUGCUGGCUGUACGUUCUUUUCUGUUAAUUUGGCCACCUGUUCACAAGAUUUCAAACUGGACUGCUUCCCUUGUCACACCCUUCAACGGUACCUGUCAAAUAAAACGUAAUCUUAAAUGAUAGAGAAUCUGAUUUUCAUCUCUACAUUGUAAUUGCAAAGUUGCUUGUAAAUGUCUAGAUUUCCCCCAAAUUAGAGAUGAAUUUCAGCCAGUUCAGUCUGAGUUAAAUCAGAGAUGAUCACCACAAAGAUAAGAAAGCUGUGCUCAGCAUGUCUGUUUUAGGAAAAACCCUCAACUGGGCUUCUCUCCUGCAAAAAUUCAGUCUAAUGAAAAGCAAUGGCUGCAAUGGGAAGUAGAGCGGAGCUGCAGGCUCUGUGUGAGAGAGUCACCAGCAGCAGCAUGGAGACAGGAAAGAAAGUCAAUGUUUUAUUGCCGCAGCUUUGGACCGUCAAUCUGUGAAUAGAGAGAGAACAGACAGGAAUAUGCAGGAGAGAUGCGUCUUACAACAAGGGUGACCGCCGUUGAAACAUGAUUGAUGCUGGCAAUAAUGGACAUAAUACAGUUAUUACUAGAUCUGUCGUGACAGGCUCACUUAUGUAAUGUCCUCAUACUGAUACUGUUAAUAUAAAACAUUUAAUGGCUUGGAAGUCUGAACAGCAAUAUGCAGAUCUGAAGACAUAUUAAUGCUUUGGUUUUAUUUUUGUGUAUAAAGCGCACAGGGACAACCCCAACAUGUUUGCUUACACAUGAACUGAUGACAAAGGAAAGUAUUGGUGCACAAAAUUAACAACUGUUAAUGUCCUCACACACUCUUUAAUGUGAUGUUUUGUUACAAGACAGUCACUCAGAUGCUAACUUGAAAGUUAGAAACUGUAAAAGUCCGUAAACUUUGAAUCUUCCUGGUCUGCUCCUUUUGGGAAUGCAUAUUUUAAAAAUGCAUUUAUAGUACAAAUACAAUUAUGGAAAUAGAGAUGUGCAAACCGACAAAAUAAAACUAUUAAAUGGACAAUAUAGUCACCAGAACAACUACAGCUCAAUAUAGUUGCUAUGGUGAGUAUAAUCAUUCCCUGCAGGCUUUUUGCAGUAAACACUUUUUUUUUUUUUUUUUUGGAGAAUCUGCAUUGUUUACAGUAAAUUAAUUACCUGGUGCUUUUCAAGCCUAUGUUACUCUGUAACUGUGGAUUGUGGUAAAAUAACUGUUUUACUGAUUAUGCAAAAUACACAACAGACUUGUCAUCACUAGGGUAAAAGACUAACUUUGUCUGUUUUCAGAUCUACCAAUAUAACUUUGUUUGCGGCUUGCACAGUUGACAUUUCCUUACUCUUUUUAGUCUUUCGCUCUUCUUUAUUCACUCCCCCAUGCUGUGUUCUUGCUUCUCUCCAUUUUGAUCCGUGUUCCCACAUCCUUGAUUCAGUCCUGUUUUAUCACAAAAAUACCAAUGCAUACAAUGGGUUUUUUCUGAGCAUGGUUUUGCCUGAGGAGGCAAUCUUGACUUUUGGACGCUGAUGUUUAAAUUUGCUGCAGGGAUUUUGGGAUCAUUGCCAUGGUUCAGCAGCUAGAAGGAAACUUCGUCAGGAAGGGAGAUGUUAUUAAUCUACUCCAUAUUUUUUUACAUGGGUCAUUAUGACUUUUUAUCUUGACUGUGUCAUAAGGGGAAAACAAACUUUAACACUUCCUGCUGUGUCCCUUACUCACAUUUAUUUAAUUUAAAAAAAAAAAAAAGUUUUAAUUUUCUGUUCUCUUUUCUUACCCGCAGGAGGAACCUGACAAAACUGUCCCUCAUAUUUAGCCACAUGCUUGCAGAAUUAAAGGGGAUCUUCCCCAGUGGAAUGUUCCAGGGAGAUAAUUUCCGGAUAACAAAGGCUGAUGCUGCAGAAUUCUGGAGGAAAGCUUUUGGGGAAAAGUAAGUAGAUCCAAAUUUAGGAACCAUGGACAUCAGCAUCUUUUCUCUUUGUUUAAAUGUUUUUGACAUAUAAACCUGGAACAAAACUCCGUACUGGACUUAUCACUCAAGACAAGUGAGUGACCCAACUCCAAUAUAGAUGGACAUGGAAGAAAAUAAUUAGAAUCGUGAAUUGCUGUACAUGUCUGGGGCAGUGGUUAAAGGGGAAGCAGUGGUCAUAACAUGACAUGUUUUUGUGCAUUAUAUAAAUGUAUUAAAAGAAAUAGCUUCAGUUGAAAUGCAACUUCAGCUGAGUAAGUAGAAGUGUAGAUCAGGGUGUUGCAGUGGAUGUGAUCUAUUUGGAUUUUGCAAAGACAUUUUAAACAGUUCCACACAAUAGAUUAGUGUUCAAACUCAAAGAAAUCGGUCUAGAUGAAAAUUCUUGUUCUUGGUUAGAACAUUGGCUUAAAAAUAUAGUACAAAGAGUUGACCUUAAUGGUAAAUUUUCAAGCUUGACAGAGGUGCCAAGUGGUGUUCCUCAGGGUUCUGUUCUGUGACCUCUUCUAUUUAACAUGUUUUUAUAAAUAUUCUUGGAAAAAAGCAUUGAAAGUCAUGUUUCAGUGUUUGCAGAUCACACAAAACUCUGUAAAGUAGUGCAACGUGAGCAAGAUAUUAAUUUGCUGCAGAAGGAUUUAAGUAGACCGGGGGCUGGGCUCUCAAAUGGCAGAUGAAAUUUAAUGUUGAAAAAUGCAAAGUUAUGCACUUCGGCGUAAAGAAUGCACAAGCAACUUAUAUCCUUAAUGGAAAUGAAUUAGGGAGAACAGCACACGAAAAGGACUUGGGAAUUGUUAUAGACCACAAACUAUGCAACAAUGUGCAAUGUCAAUCAGCAGUGGCUACGGCCAGUAAGGUAUUGUCAUGCAUGAAAAAGGACAUUAAUUCUCUGGAUGAGAAUAUCAUUUUACCUCUUUAUAAAUCGCUGGUAAGACCACAUAUUGAAUAUGCUGUGCAAUAUACUGUGAGAGGGGCUAUGAUAACAUUAUACAAAUAUAUCCAGAGCCCAUACAAACCAUUGUGUGGAAAUAUUUUUUCAUAAACUGGACAUUACAUAGGACACGAGGUCAUGCUUUUAGACUGGAAGAAAAAAGAUUUAAUCUAAGGCAAAGAAAAGGUUUUUUUUACGGUAAUAACAAUAAAGACGUGGAAUUCUCUGCCUGAAGAAGUGGUUUUAUCAGAGUCCAUACAGAUGUUCAAACCGCAACUAGAUGCAUACUUGCAAAAACAGAAUAUUUAAGGCUAUAAUCUUUCAAUGUAGGGUAAUGGCUUCUUGAUCCAAGGAUUAAUCUGACUGCCAUUCUGGGGUCAAGAAGGAUUUUUUUUUCCUAGUUUGUUGCAAAAUUGCAAGUGCUUCAAACAGGUUUUUUUUUUUUUUGCCUUCUUUUGGAUCCACAGCAAAAAACAUAUGUGAGGAAGGCUAAAUUUGAUGGACACAAGUCUAUUUUCAGCUAUGCAACAUAUGCAUUUACCAGACUAGUAAGAAGCUAACCCAUCAAGAGCCUCGCAUUGUGGUCAAUGGGGUCUGAUCUUGUUUCCUUUUGUGGGAUAAAAAGUUUUGAAUGUGAUGACCUUAGUAGGUAUACAAAACUGGCCAAAAUGUGAAUCUUUAGGGAUCAAACCCACUUUCCCUUCUAGCACUAUGAAGUGUAGUGAUAUUGGUUCACUGGAAGCUUGUGCAAUGAUUGAUGGUAUUGGCAGAAGAGAGUCCAUGUUUAAACACAAAGUCAAAUGUUGAUGAACUGGUGGCAGUGUUCUCAGAGAUGGAUCAUAAUCUAGCAACUUAAACUGAGAUAUGUGGAUAAGUCAACCAGGUAGUUGAAAAUGGCUAGUUGCAGAAGCUUGGUUCGUUUGACUCUUCUGGUUAUGUUUUAAUGGAUAUUAUACCUAUACAUAAUGUGCAACCAAGGUCUCUAGUCCUCGUGAACUGCUUGAGAUUCUUUCUUUCCAGAUAUAAAGGAUUAUUGGGCAUAUUAGAUGUCAGAACCUCCUUUUUCUUUUAUUUGUAUUUUUUUCUCUCUCUCUAGAUCCUUUGUCAUCCAAAAAUAACAUACUUGUCGUGUUUUCAUUCCAUUUUCUUCACCUUUACAUGUUUUAAGACUAUGUAGCCUGAUCGCUGUAUCAAGGUCUUACUACUCCUACCUUAGAGAACCAGUUUUGUCAGUUGAAAUCUGAUGGAGAAUUUUGGAAAUAUAUUACAUUGAAAUAAUGUCUAGUGAUGUUUCUAGAAUCAGGUUGACCCAUACUAUAUCCGUAGCUGCUUGGCCAUGGCACUUAUUUCUGGUCCAUAUUAGGAGAUUAAGAUUAUUUGUGGUCUACUGUGUAUUUAUUUUUUGUCUGUAAAAACUGUUGCACUGGUGGUAAGCACAGCAAAGUCAAAGUUUCUGUGGUGGAUUUUAUUAAUUUAUUUUGGUUGUUUAUUGGAACCAUAAAAACAUUUUCCCUUCUAUGUGAUGUUACCUAUGAUGAUGUGUCACUGAAGUGAGCUGUGCGCUACAUAUCAUAACAUGUAAGCCAAAAAACAAACAAAAAAAACUGUCAUUAAAGCUGGUCUUUAAAGAGGCCGGUUGAGCAAGAAUUCACAUUUCAAUUAUAAAGAAAAUUGAUAUGUGCUGAACCACUUACAGUUUUUUCCUCUAUAGGAAUAUGUUGUAUUAGAUUACACUACACUAUUGUGUUCUUCAUUGGGCAGUUAAUGAUUUCGAACCAAGUAUGGUAUGGGGAUGAUGAAGAUGGAAUAAUACAUUGAUCCACCUCUGGGCCCUAAUCUUGAGCAGAACCAAGGCAUGCACUCCACACGGUCAGCUGCCACAAUUGGAAUGACUGCAGCUGAACCAUUAACCCUAACCUGAAAAUAUGAUGCAGUGUAAAAUCUUCCUAAUAUCAAUGCAUGUAUAAGGAGAAUAUAAUGCCAUCACCAUGUUCUGGAGACAUUUAUAAACCUCUUGUCUUUAAAUAUUGUAGUUUAUUGGUAUGUUUCCAGGUGGCAUUAUUUUCUCAUAAAUCACAGUUUAUCAUUGUAGUGGUUAUUCACUGAAGUGAGAAUCCAAAGUGAAUAAAAAAAUUUUAGGCCAAAGUAGCAGACCUGGCAGCAUAGCUGAUUUAGAUCAUUUUUUCCAGUUCAGCUGUUUUAAUAAGUUUGAAAUUCACUCUGAAUUCUCACAUGUUUAUGUAUGUGUGUAUGUACAGUUGUGCUCAAGUUUGCAUUCCCUGGCAGAAAUUGUGAAAUUGUGGCAUGGAUUUUGAAUCAUAUUGACCGAUCAUACAAAAAAUAUUAUUUUUAUUGAAGGAUAGUUUUCAUAUGAAGCCAUAUAUUACAUAGUUGUUUGACUCCUAUUGAAAUCAUAAUGAUAACAGAAAUCACCCAAGUUGCCCUGAUCAAAAGUCUACAAACCCUUUAAUGUUUGGCCUUGUUACAGACACACAAGGGAACACACACAGGUUAAAAUGGCAAUUAAAGGUUAAUUUUCCACACCUGUGGCUCUUUAAAUUGCAAUUAGUGUUUGUAUAAAUAGUCAAUGAGUUUGUUAGCUCUCACGUGGAUGCACUGAGCAGGCUAGAUACUGAGCCAUGGGGAGCAGUAAAGAACUGUCAAAAGACCUACGUAACAAAACAUUUUGAAGAUGGAAUAGGAUAUAAAAAGAUAUCCAAAACCUUGAAAAUGCCAGUCAGUAUUGUUCAAUCACUUAUUAAGAAGUGGAAAAUUCAGGGAUCUCUUGAUGCCAAGGUCAGGUAGACCAAGAAAGAUUUCAGCCACAACUGCCAAAAUAAUUGUUCGGGAUACAAAGAAAAACCCACGACUAACCUCAGGAGAAAUAGAGGUUGCUCUGGAAAAAGACGGUGUGGUUGUUUCAAGUAGAACAAUAUGAUGAUACUUGAACAAAAAUUAGCUGCGUGGUCGAGUUGCCAUAAAGAAGCCUUUACUGCGCCAAUGCUACAAAAAAGCCCGGUAACAAUAUGCAUGACAACACCUUGACACGCCUCACAGUUUCUGGCACGCUGUAAUUUGGAGUGACGACCAAAAUAGAGCUUUAUGGUCACAACCAUAAGGGCUAUUUUGGAGAGGGGUCAACAAGGUCUAUAGUGAAAAAUACCAUCCCCACUGUGAAACGUGGUGGUGGUGUGAGCUUUAAAGGACAUGGGUAUUUUUUGUGAAAAUUGAUGGCAAGAUGAAUGCAGCAUGUUAUCAGAAAAUACUGGCAGACAAUUUGUAUUCUUCUGCAUGAAGGCUACUCAUGGGACGGUCUUGGACAUUCCAGCAUGACAAUGACACCAAGCACAAGCCCAAGUCGACCCUCCUGUGGAUACACCAGGAAAAGGUGAAGGUUCUGGAGUGGCCAUCACAGUCUCCUGACCUUAAUAUCAUCGAGCCACUCUGGGGAGAUCUCAAACGUGCAGUUUAUGCAAGACGACCAAAGACUUUAAAUGACCUGGAGGCAUUUUGCCAAGAUUAAUAGGCAGCUAUACCACCUGCAAGAAUCCGGGAUGUCAUAGACAAAAGACUGCAUGCUGUCAUUGAUGCUAAAGGGGGCAAUACACAGUAUAAAGAUUAAGGGUAUGCAGACUUUUGAACAGGGGUCAUUUAAUUAUUUUUUUUUCCUUUCUUGCCAUGUUUUGUUUUGAUUGUGCGAUCCUGUUAUAACCUACAGUUGAAUGUGCAUCCCAUAAGAAAUAAAAUAAAUGUGUUUUGCCAGCUCACUCAUGUUUUCUUUAAAAAUGGUACAUAUAUUACCAAUUCUCCAAGGUUAUCCAAACUUUUGAGCACAACUGUUUGUGUGUGUGUGUGUGUGUGUGUGUGUGUGUGUGUGUGUGUACUACACACUCACAUCUGCACUUAAAGCUGUAGGCCUAAAUGACAGCACUGUUUACAGAGGAAGUAUCAUCUUCCUUUUUGUUUGUGACAGUUCACUUUUAAAGAACAUUUGCAAGCUUACUUUGGGGAAGUAUAUUAAUUAACAGCAGUCAUUUUGUUAUACAUGCUUCUUAUUAUAGUGAUUUAUUGUAUCUUCUCUCCUAAGAACAAUUGUCCCUUGGAAGAUUUUCCGUCAUGCCUUGCAUGAUGUUCACCCCAUUUCCUCUGGACUGGAAGCUAUGGCUCUGAAAUCCACUAUUGACCUCACAUGUAACGAUUAUAUCUCUGUGUUUGAAUUUGAUAUUUUUACACGGCUUUUCCAGGUGAGUAUUCUUGAAAGAUUUGUAUUUGUUUAAUAUGAGUCUGUGUGGUAUGGUGCUUGCAAAAAGAUUGGUAAAGGAAAUCAUCUCAUUGACCGUCCCCAUGGAAUGAAUAAUGGCAAUACCAUAUUUAUCUUAACAUGGCUUCAUUGAGAUUGGGGUCAAAGCAUAGUACCCAGAUAGGCUGUUGCUUGGGUUUGCCAACACAAUUGUACAGGAAAUCCCAAUAUCUAAUUUACAGGGUAUGAAACAGACUGGCUAUAUUUCAGGAAACCGGAUAAUGUACACUUGAAGUAGGUGCUGUUGUCAUAUCUAUUCUGAGUGAGGAAACCAUACAUUGGAGUAACACAGUUAGUAAAAGCUGGUUUGAACAGUGACCCAUUUCCUGCGUAUACGAUGGCACGACAUACUGGUGAGGAAAGAAUGGUUGAAUUACAUGGAAGUUUAAAGGGCAAACUAAUAAAAUGAGAUAUUCUCUUAGAAGAAGAUUCUAAGUGGGCAGUAUGGACACGGUGUCAUGAAGUAAAGCUUUAAUUAGAAUGAGUUUAUAGAAAACCUGAUCAGACUGAAUACAGGUUAAACUGUGGUAAAGAAAUUGAGACAAACCUAUAUUAUGAUGCCUUAAUGCUCAUACCCUCAUCUCAAGACAGAGUUGAAGUCUGACCUUGUUGCACAGAUGGGCACAUGCUAUUGUAAAUUGAUGUUUUGUACCAUUUAGUCAGUGUGUCAAAUUUUUCUGUAUUUUCUCUGGCAGCCGUGGUCUUCCCUCCUCAGGAACUGGAAUAGUUUGGCUGUUACACAUCCUGGUUACAUGGCUUUCCUGACCUAUGAUGAGGUUAAAGCUCGGCUUCAAAAGUUCAUCCAUAAACCUGGGAGGUGAGCAUUUUCACAAUUUUUUGCAAGUAGUGAGUAGCUAAAGCCGUAACGCAAAUACAGAAAGAUGCUCUGAAUUCGGUCGUAUACUGUUCAGGCAUUUGUAUUGGGGGAUUUCUCCCAGUUAUAAAUUUAUUAAAAAAAUAAAUAUAUAUAUAUAUAUAUAUAUAUAUAUAUAUAUAUAUAUAUAUAUAUAUAUAUAUAUAUAUAUAUAUAAUACAAGAUCCAGCGCACUCACCUAUCCACUAAACAGCAACUUCAAAGUUGAAAGAUUUUAUUAGUUUUUUUAAAAACACCUAAUCUAGGCAAAAAUAAUGGGGGUUUAGUUACAUUAUAUGAUCAUACAUUGCAUAAGCCUGCCACAUCGUCAAUAUACCCCAUCUUUGGCAGGUCCUACACUAACAGCCUAAUGUCUGCUCUUAUGAGAUUAACCACUUACUUGAGGAAAAAAAUUCCAUCUGGGGCUCUCUGCAGUCCAAGGCUAAAUAGGGCCCUGGGAUGAGGCACCUGUGACAGGGAUAUAUAUACAGCGAGUUCCUAGGAAUGCUUUGUUUGGGUUGUAGAAACAUUUAUUUUCUUUCUUUUCUCCCGCACAGCUAUAUUUUCCGCCUGAGUUGCACGCGGCUUGGUCAGUGGGCAAUUGGAUAUGUUACAGGUGACGGAAACAUUUUGCAGACCAUCCCUCACAACAAACCACUUUUCCAGGCUCUGAUCGAUGGAUUCCGGGAAGGAUUGUAAGACUAUAUUCAUUUCCUGUCUUUUACCUUAUGUCUUGAACAUGAAUUGUGUAAAGUCUAAAUAUAUUUUAUUGUAAUUUCUGUGUAAUUUGGGUUUGUAGCUCCAUAUUUUUUAUUUUUUAUUUUUUUAGUUUGUGGUAUUGUUUUGUGUUUUAAGCUCGAGUAUGUUGUCAUGUUUCUUCAUAUGCUACAGCUGAUGGAUGAAGAAAGGAUUUAUUUUAGUGGAUGUUGUCAUGCGAUCAACAGCACUAAGAGUGUAUGGCAGCCAUCAAGUUAUGGAUAAAGAGAGCAUGUGAUCAGUAGGGUUUUUUUUUUGUUUUGUUUUUUACUUUUGGCACUUCCUCUUUACACAGCUACCUUUUUCCUGACGGUCGCAACCAGAAUCCAGAUUUGACGGGCCUUUGUGAGCCCACACCUCAGGAUCACAUCAAAGUCACUCAGGUAUCUUAAUAUGGAUAGAUCAUCCUGGGGAUUGUUUAAAUUUUGCACUGCAGUCUGUUUAUACUCUUAGGAUUUCAGGUUAUUCACUAUACCUUACAUUUUCACGCAUUCACAUGACAAUUACAAAUAUGCACCAAUAUCAGAUUUGUCACUUUUUGUCUCAAAUUUGCCAUCUCUAAAUUCCCAACGGGUAACGGUUUCGUGCAUGACCCAGACAAUGUACUUUCUGUUGUCAUGGGACAACAGUUGUAAUUGAGGUGUUCCUCAAACCUGAUUAUGUAUUUGUUCCCAGCAGGUUGUGUAAGAUAUUAGAUUGGGCUUUCUUUAACACUUGUGAUGCACCCAUCUGAGUGAAGCAAAUCUAUAUUUGUGAGGUGUGAACAUUAAAUAUAGUAAUCCUCACACCUCUGUCUUGCAGCUGGACACUCUGUUUUAUCUCCCUGUCAAUCAUCGUUAUAAGCUCGGUCAUUUACAACUGCCAGAGAGCAUACAGAGUAAAGGAGACAUGAAAUUAUAUUCCAGUUUCUUAUUCUCUUUUUGCAAUGUGUGUCUGGGCUGAACAGGUUUGUGAUAUGCUUGGCUAAAUCUUUAAUAUAAAUUAAAUCGGAAACAGAGCAGCACAACAUAAAGUUAACACAAGUGAUAGUUGACCUUAAAUGUUUGAUUCAGUGGUGGUUCCCCGUUUAACUUGUUUUUAAUUUAGAUUUCAAAACCCAUUGGGCAAAUAGAAUUAAUCAAACGCAGACCUCCAUAAAGUCAUUUGAAGCAUAUCUAUGUAAGUUAUGAAUAUAUCCAUAAUUGUCUGCACUCUGUUAAUGGCGAAUUCAACUCACAAACAUUGAAUUACAUUUGGGUUGUGAGUGAUUUGAAGAUGAAAGAUCACAAGUGUUUAACAAAUUACCAGAGCACAUAAUUUGCCAUAUCUGCAUUUUUUUUGCAUCAAGUUUAACUGACCUGCUCUGCAUAGAAUCUUAGUAAAAACAUCUAUAUGGAGCAACCAACAGAAACCUUACAAAAACGAUGAGACAGUCACCCUUCAAGACCAAAGGUUGGCGCUCGCUUGUUGGUUCUCCCUUACCUUACUGUGUACAUAAAGUACAGUUGUCUUAUUUUCUCUAGUGCUUUGUGUCCAUUAAAAUCCUGAAUUGUGAAUUCAUAAACGUUUGUAUAUUUACUAUUGUGACUUCCCUUGUCUAGGAGCAGUAUGAGCUCUACUGUGAGAUGGGCUCAACUUUCCAGCUCUGCAAGAUAUGUGCGGAGAACGACAAGGAUAUCAAGAUUGAGCCCUGUGGGCAUCUUAUGUGCACUUCGUGCCUCACAUCCUGGCAGGUAAAAACAAAGCGUGAGACCGAAUGCGGAUAGAAAAUUAAGCUUUAUUUCUAAAUUGAAGUUUUAUUAUUUGAGAAGAUUACACAUAAAACACAAAGCAAUACAUUAUAAAAACAUAGCAUAGUAAGAAUUAUACACGAGUAAUGACUCUAGCAGCUGAGGAAGGGAUCCUCAAUAAACAUAAUCUGUAAUGUGAUGCCACAAAAUUCAGUAGAUGUUGUCAGACCUAGAAAGGAGUUGGCCAGCAUCACUGGGCACCUUUAAUAAUGUACAGCGAGGAAAAGAGGUACUUGAAACUGAUGGUGUAGGGGAAAGGGAGAUAGAGGAGUUCAAGGAUUAAAAGAAGCAUCUUCAGUCAUGUCAUGGCAGUCUCUCUCCAAGUAAGGUUUGAAAACUUACAAAGCAAAGGAUGAAGCCAGUGAAACCAUAGGGGGUUGGCGUCUUUGGUCUCGGUUUCACAUGAAUUCAAACCUUUAACCUUACAUAUGUCUUCCACAGCUUGUACUGAGAAUGAGAGUAAGCGCUUUGGCAAUGGUUAUAGUAGGUAGAUGGAUCUAGACUUCCCACCAUAUGUAUAAUUCAAAGUCCCAGUGACAUCAAAGAGGAGUCUGAAUAAGGCCUCGAGAAAAUAAAACUGGCAGUCCUAUACCACAAGGAUAUUGUUUUUUUUGUUUGUUUGUUUUUUUAUACAUAACAUCCCUCCUCUUUUUAGAACCCAAGUCCCCAUUUUUCUUCUCUAUUCAUUAGGAAUGGAUACCUGAUGCUUACAGCAAUUUAUCUUUCUUAUUUUAGGAAUCCGAGGGCCAGGGCUGCCCAUUUUGCCGCUGUGAAAUCAAAGGAACUGAGCCAAUCGUGGUUGAUCCUUUUGAUCCAAGAGGAGGUGGCAUGGCUGAAAUGUUAAGACACUGUCUAGAUGGUGCACCCUCUCCAUGUUACGAAGACGAUGAUGAUGAUUGUAGCAAUGAUUCUCUUUUCAUGCUUGCAGGAGCAAAGGUGAAUUUGGGAUUAUUGCAUCAUUUUUAGAAAAGCUUCUACUUGGGUACAUUUCUAAAAAGGUUCCUAAAGUUAAUAAUUCAAUGUCAUUUUGUCAAAUAUUCAUUCAGUGAUAUAUGGAAAUCAUGGCUUGUUAAUUGCUCAGGGAUUUGAAUUUGAACAUCUUUUGUACUUCUAUAACGUUUUAAAAUGUGAAAAAAGUAGACCUAUUUUGUUUUUGUUUUUUAAAGUUUGUGAUAUUCAAGUAAAAUAAAAAUUGUCACAAAAGUGCAGAUUUUUUUUUUUGCCUUCAGUAUAUUUAAAGUUUACUUAUUUUUGUCCUUAGGUGGAGAGGCCCCCAUCUCCUCUUUCUCUUGCUCCACAAGCCUCAUUGCCUCCUGUACCACCACGUCUAGACCUGCUACCGCCGAGACCUGCCAGUUCCACUGGGGCCUGCAGUCCUUCAACAAGCUCAAAGGUUAGAAUAUGUUCCUCAUACACUUCAUACACUUAAACUAGACUAGGAUUCUCUAUAUAAAUACACUAUUUGGCUAGCCACCUGACGUGUUCUUGCUUAUUGUGUGGCCAGAAGCAAGACCAUAUUUAGUAGCACCUAGUUUUGCAAUUGACUGCAUUUUUUAUAUUUAUGUUGCAGGUUCCAAGCAGCAUACAUCACAAGGAUAAACCACUGCCCGUCCCCCCAACACUUCGAGACCUACCACCUCCUCCACCUCCAGACAGACCUCACUCUAUGGUGGGUGACAGCAGACCACAAAGAAGACCUCUGCCUUCCACCCCUGCAGACAAGCCUCCAUCAUUUCAAUCAGCCCGUCCAGCAGAUCCCUGGAAUCCCCGCUCUGUGCCCAAGGCUCCCACACCCAGUCUUACUUCAGGGGCCGAUUCAUGGACAGGAGGGAAGGAAUUAACCAACCGCCACUCCCUGCCUUUUACACUGCCCUCACAUGUGGAUGAGAGGAGGGACCGACAUGGCAGCACUCAGAGUUUGGACAACACUGGCAUAGUGAGUAAGGUGUAUGGCAAAGAAGGGUACAAAUUGAGAUGAAUGGAAUGCCUUGUAUUCUUUUGCAGCUUACAUUGUAGGGCAUACAAAGUGCUCUAUUACAAAGAUAAAUUUGAAGGGAUUUACAAAGAAUGAGGCAGUGAGAGAUAGUUUACCUCAUAUGCAAAAAAAGAUAAGGCUGUGACGUUUUCAGAUUAAAGUAUCAGCCUUGAAACCAGCAAAGGGAUGAAAUGUGCACAAAAUGUGUGUUUUCCCUAACCAAUGAUAAAAUAUAUAAUUUUUAUUUUUUUUCUGCAUUCUGCACUGUCCAUUUUCUUCUGUACCGCUGUCGAUACCCAUGCAGUUCGAUAUUUUUUUUUUUUUCUUCUAUUUUUCUCACUGUUUAAUCCCAAUCUUUACUUACUUUUGUCUUUCACUGACAAUAAUUUGUGUUUUCUGUCUUUCUCACUCUUUGCAAUUCUUCUCUAGAAUUCAUGUGUUGAUUUGUUGGCUGGAAUAGAUCUGGAUGAUCCCAAAGUGAAGCAGUCGUCCUCUGCCAAUGCUAUCUACUCCCUGGCCUCCAGGUACAUGUUGUCUUUACUUAUAAAUAAAUAACUUUGCUAUAUUCUAUUUGCAACUUCUGCAUGGUUACCUCUGCUUGUCAUCCUUUUUAUUCAGUCCAUGAUUUUAUAAUAAAACAAUGCACUAUAUAAUAAAAAUCUGGUCUUAUGUGUUAAGAUUGUGUGGAAGUUGUGAUGCUGUCAUUAUGUGCCGUGAGAGAUCACCAUAAGCUGACUGAUGGGACAAACUGAGAAAGAACCUUCUUUCGUGUAGUUAUAAAUGUCUUGUCCACAUUUGCAUUGGAAUAAUGUAUGAUCAUAAUUUUGCUAUGUACUAUAUAAAUCGAUGAUUUUUUGAGCUUCCCACAAGCCCAUUCUUAAAAUUUUUUUUGUAAAAACUGUUUCAGAACAGGUAAUGCUAUGUUUUUGUUGUCGUCUGUUUUCGUUUGUUUUUGUGGGGUAGCUUUUAUUUAUUCAAAUAUUCUCUUAGCUUCAGCAAAAAACAGGAACAUACGUCUUAAACAAUAACCAUUGUAAAUAUAAUAACCAUAAACACAGACUUGCGAUGUGACCAUCUGGGUUCCCGUGUGAUGUCACCAAAGGUCACAGAGUUGGCUAAAGAUACAAAAUAUGGAAAACCUAAAUUGAUCAACUCUUUUGAACAUGGUAACUGUGGGAAUAAGUAAAAUACAGUAGGCAAGGCAGAUUAAUGUUUGUUUUUUGCUUUUUUUUAAAUAUUGAAUUGUGAAAGUCAAAAAUGAAUGUAUAGUGAUUUAAGAUGAUAAAAUAUGGAAUUUACAGUGGUGAGGUCAGUAAACACUAAUGGUCCUGGAUGUGAGGAGAGUGCAAUAUCUGCCAUUUUUAACUUCCAUAGUUUGCUGAUUGUAAUGCGUUCCUUAGUUACAUACCUGGGAUCAUCCACAAGCAUGGUUUCCCAACCUUCCUAAUAACAAUAAAAUCCGUUAUUGGAAUAUUUUGGACGUGUGCAUGCAUUGGUGAACAAACAAGGCCACAUGUUAUAUUUUGUGUGGUUGUGUUGUUGAGUAUCCUCUUCAUGUAGUAAAUCCUGAAAGAUCUCUGCAUGUAACCUCCUUGUUAAAGUGUGUAGAGAAAGGAAUAUGGUGACCAUUGGAAGCCUCUGGAGCCCACUUUUUGCCAGGGACCAGCAGCUUUCUAAACUCCCAGUUCCAGAAUUUUGCACUACAUUUCUUCUUCCCAGUGUAACAAAUUGAUUUUCAGUUUGUAAAACUACUCCACUCUGCAUUUAAAAAAAGAAAAAAGGUUUUAAAAUUUCCAUUUCUUCCGGAAAAGAACAUGUUUUUCCCAAGGCUUUAAAAGUUCUGGAAAUUUUGCAUCUCUAGCUUUUGCUGGGUUUUCUGGUAAUUUUAUUGGCCAUAGUGAUCUGUUUAGGUUUGAUUGAGCCUGGUGCAGUGACUUUGCAGAAUGUCUGCCAUAAUCUGUAGAAUUUCACCUCCAGUACUUUUAACUAGAAAUGUAACGGGGUGUGUGUAGAUAUACGGGGUGUGUGUGUGUGUGUGUGUGUGUAUGUGUGUGUGUAGAUAGAUAUACUGUGUGUGUGUGUGUGUGUGUGUGUAUGUAGAUAUGUGUGUGUGUAGAUAGAUAUACGGUGUGUGUGUGUGUGUGUGUGUGUAGAUAUACGUUGUGUGUGUGUGUGUAGUAGAUAUACGUUGUGUGUGUGUGUAGAUAGAUAUACGUUGUGUGUGUGUGUAGAUAGAUAUACGUUGUGUGUGUGUGUAGAUAGAUAUACGUUGUGUGUGUAGAUAGAUAUACGUUGUGUGUGUGUGUGUAGAUAGAUAUGUUGUGUGUGUGUGUAGAUAUACGUGUGUGUGUGUGUGUAGAUAGAUAUACUGUGUGUGUAGAUAUACGUUGUGUGUGUGUAGAUAUACGUUGUGUGUGUGUGUAGAUAUACGUUGUGUGUGUGUGUGUGUGUGUGUGUGUGUGUGUGUAGAUAAUAUCCCAUUAGAAAAUUGGUAUGAGUAAUCUAGAAAUUAAAGAAUCACACAGUUGUAGUAGAAUGUAAACAUUCUUUCACAAGGUGCAAAAACAGGCCUUACCCAUGAUCAAUAUAGUUUGUUUUACCAGCAGGUAGGAUAUAGGUAGUAAAAUUAUUAUGCUAUCACUCUCCUUCCUCUCGAACUGUUCAGCUUGUACUAUUUAUAUUUUCUUUUAUUUUAUUGCAGUUUCCUGUUUCUGGCACCAUCAUACCCUUACACAAGUACUGUUACUUCCUCUUCAGUAGAAAGGAAGUGCUUUAUCUUUGAAAAAUUGUAUAUAAAGAUCCAUAGUAAAUUGUUAUAGGAAUUGAUUUGGCUGACAUCUUGCUGUUUUUAAUUGACCUUUCUAAUUCUCUCAGGCCAUUUAUGGUGCCAAAGCCUUCAGCAGGGAAUCAUUCAGACAGUGGUGAAGAUUCUGAAUAUAUGUGUCCUUCAUCACGGCCGGUAAAUCCAUCUGUACUACCAAAAUCUGAAACAAGAAGGCCAUUAGACGCAUUGCCUGCUUUCUGGUAAGUGGGGUAGUAGAAUCUUUGUCAAAUUAUGUCUGUUAUAGUGGAGAACACAUGGUCAGCAGUGCAUUGGUAUAUAUUUGUGUGAGAUUAAUAAGAGCUUGAUGUCAUGCUGACUUUAGAGAAGGAUCAUGUUAACAGAAGAUGUUUAUAUAAUUUUAUUUGUUUCUUCACAAACAGUCCACCUGAGCACCAGAUUGAAAGGGAGUCCUAUGAGACAAUGUACAACAUCCAAUCCCAAGCUGCACCCAUCUUUGUGGAGCCUGGGAAAGAGGAAGGUAAGAAAGUUGCUAAUGCCGUGUAUGAAAUCCAGCAUGAAGAGUAGAUUCCAUUAGGGUUAAGUCUGUAGAUUUGUUCAUCAUUGGUUAUGAGCAACCAGGUUUCCAGAAUAGGAAUUGGCAGCAAGUGAAUACAGUCAUGUCCCUCAUAUAGUGAGUUAUCAUGUAAAAUCUAAGAUUUUUAAGGGUUCAUGUCAUGUGGUUUGUUCAUUUAGAAGUUUCCCAUGUGUUUCAGUCCAUAUACAAACCGAAAACAGAAUAACAUUUUGUGAUGUCUUUGUGUUUCACACAGCAGACGAAUGUCUUACAGCUUCUACAAAUGGGCCUAAAGAUGAUGACGACGAUGAUGAUGGAUAUGACAUACCAAAGCCCCAUGUGCCUAUGGCUCCUGCCCGCCGCACAGUCUCAGAUAUUUCUGAUGCCUCUCCUGCCUUCAGUCAAUCAACAGUGGUUAGGGAUCCUGGAGCAGGUGAAUGAGUAUAGUGGGAACAAUGUAAUGUAUCAUAAUGCAGUAGUAUUUAUAGCUGCAAACAGAAAAACAUUUUCUAGAUAUUUACUGUAUAGUUUAACACAAAAUUGUGAAAUACUUACAUUUUGUAUGUCACCAUGUGAUUGUUGCAUAGGUGCCAACUUCAGAAAAUUGAUAAUUAUUCUUGAGCAAAGAUGAGCCUCCGCAAUGUUGGUGUAUAUACAGAAUUAUUCACUAAACACUGGAUUUUGUCCAAAGGGACAAUAUUCGGUGAAUAAAAUUGAAUUGCAUCCGCUUUGGCAAUUCUCAAAUUUAUUAAAGCCAAAUGCUGUCAGUAUUUGGUUCAUCGGACCGAUUCUGUAACAUUAGUUUGGAAAAUCACCAAUAUCCUCAUCCAAACCAAUUUACAGCACUGAAAUCCGAUUUAUUGCGACCGCAUGGUGGCCGAUGAUAAACUAAAUGCAUCUUGCAGGAUGCUUGUUUGUAAAUUAUCAUUUACUUGCCUUUUGCAAAACCUUGUCUGGGUUAAUUAAAAUGUGUAAUGAAGGUAACGUGCCUCCAUAUGCCCCUCUCAUUUACCAUCCGGCAGAACGAAUUGCUCUGUGUGAAACUGCAGCAGUUGGUCAUUUAACAGUAGAGUCUGAACCAAUAUAGAUGCUCAGCCAGAUAAAGUGAUUAUUUUCUCAAAACACAUCAUUUUUAAGAAAUCUACAUAAUUAAAGUCAGACAAAGCGGUAUUCCUAGCACUAUAGUACCCUCCAGCGUCCCCCUUUGCUUGCCACUAGAGGCAAUCUAAGUACUGCAAUGUUUUACAUUGCAGGCCUAAGGGGAGCUAGGGACACAGCACCCAGGCUAGUUGAGUGAGAUGAAGUGGUCUGGGUGCCUAUAGUGUCCCUUUAAAUGCAAUAAACUUUAAAUGUGAAGUGAAUUUUUUAUUACAGUUGUCCUUCAAGAUUCAUUUUAGUCUUUCUACCCCCCUGUUAAACCUCAACCAGCCAUAAGUAAGAAUUCAAAUUUUCAUCCUCUGGAAUUUUUACCAUGAUCUAUAAGUCAUUCAGUACACACAUGGGAUAUGCACCGCAAAGUUUAAUCACCUUUCCUAACUUGUUGUAUGAAAAACUUACAUUUGUAAUCCAUUUUAACAUACCACAUAAUAUAGUGGUUUAGUAAAAUAUUAUUUCUUUUUAGGGCUCCUGGAGUCUUCUCAGGUCCCUGAACGUCCACCGAAGCCCUUCCCCAGACGGAUGAAUUCCGAACGCAGAUCUGCUGCAGCUGGUGAUACCUUGCCAGCACCGCUCUCCAGCGAGAUUGAAAGUUUGUUAAGCCAAGGUUAUUCCCAACAGGACGUUAACAAGGCCCUGCUUAUUGCCCAUAACAAUAUUGAGAUGGCCCGCAACAUCCUUCGUGAGUUUGUGGCCAUUCCUACUCCCCCUCAUGUGGCCUCAUAGCAGCUGAGGUCCAAAUUAACUCCUUACCCAGUUCAAGGAGAGAUGAACAGGGAGAGUGUACCUCUGUUCCUUGAGUACAUAGGCAACAGAAGGGCAACCGCAACCAGUGGGGGUAGGUGUGGGUACAGGGAAAUUGAGAGAUCAGCCCACAGCCGGACCCUUAACUGGACGCAUACAGGGUACGGGUGCUAGCCUACCUUUUGUCAAUCAGCAUUAAUAAGUCAGGUGAUCUGCAAACAAUCUGAUUGCUACUCAGAUUCCCUCCAUCUUUCCCCUACCUGUAAUCUGCUGCCUAACUUGCGCAAUGUUCAGGCUUGCAGGGCUUGGAUUUGGUUUGGGCUAUAUUCAUGGAUAUAUUGAGCCCACAUGCCUCCUCUUUCUCUGCCUGUCUGAAUAAGUUGUAGGAAUGUUCUUUUUGCCUGUUCCAGGGUGAGGUGUGGGAGAUGAGCUCAUUAGGUUUCUCACACAUUUUUUUUCUUUCAUUGAAAUAUUUUUAUUAAAAUCCCCGUUAUAGAAUUUAAUGGGAUUUAGUAAGUACCUUCUUCUAGUGUAGCCAUGUCCAACAUUUUCAUAUAGUGGGCUGUAGCUCUGUUAUAUUCCUGUACUGAUGGGACAGAAGCUAUUUACUAUAUGCUAGCAAGCAUUAUGGAGUUCAUAGGCAGUGUAGGACCCACAGAACAUCCCACUGGGGUCCAAGUACAGCUAGGACAAUUGUAAUCUGGACAGCCCUGCUCGGGUGCAGUAGUAGAUGAUAUCACUGACUGAAUAACAUUGCCUGUGGUGUAAAAUGCCAGCUUAUCCCAUUGGAACAGGCAUUUCUGGAUUGUUUGAAAGGCAUUAUUAGCAGGAUCUCCUAACCCUUUUCAGUUUUACCUGCUUUUUUAUUUUUUAUUUUUUUAUUUUUUUUGAGUUAACGUGUGACUCGAGGCAAUAAAGCACUCCAGGGGUUUGGGUGUCUGUUACCCUUUUUUUGUGCAUUAUUGCAACAAAACUCAGGGCAAAAGGGGAAGUAUGGGGUUGUUCUGUCUUGAUGUGGAAUCAAGGGGACAAGAAUGAGGUGUAUUCAAAGCCGCUUAUAUUGGGCAAACAAAUUUGGUUGUGUUGCUUUCUGAAAAUGAAACCGAACAAGUCCAUACUAAAAAAUAGAAUGCUGACUUACAUAUAUGAGUGCAUACAAUUGGCAGAGAGUUAAAUAUUAUAUGUAUAGUCUCUGAUUAGUUUUUUCAUUUGCUGUUAACUGGGUUCUUUUGAACACUGCAGCACUUUUAAGUCAGGAGUGUCACACUGCCGAAUCCAGCUCUUAACGACAACUUCUGCAAUGAUUUCUGAGCUUUUGGCUGGUAGAGAGUUGGAGAGUCGAAUUCAACAUCAUCUAGGGAAAUUCAGUUUAACAUCCCUAUUUUAUGUGAACAUAUUUAAAUAACAAUUUAAUUUCGUUAACAUUCAAUGCAUUAAAUUCAAAUUUGCCUUUAGAACCGUAAAACACACCCAGUAUCUGCAAAAUUAUCCAAAUUGGCCAGUUUAAUCCACUCUCAGUGAAUGCACCUCUUUGGGAAGGGCGCCUCUUGCUGUGAAGAUCUGGAGAGGAGGAGAUGUGGCAGUUUAUAUUGGAUCAUAUUUAAAGGGGCAGUCUAAGCACCAUAAUCCGUGCAGCUCACUGUAUUGGUUACGAGUCAAACAGUCUGACCGCUUCCAUGUUUAUUUCAAACCAUUUAAGGUUUUUGGUAAAGACCACGGCUUUGUCUUCUGUUAAUGUAGAUGUGGAUUAGCCUAUCAAAUUGUUUGGUCGUAAUGGACUGCGAGUACUGGGCUAACAUAUUCUCACUCCGUAAACAAAGGGCAAUGCAGUAGUCAAGAAGUGUGGGGGAAAGCACCCCAUGGUGUUAACUACGACCAGGAGCUGCUGUGAUUGUGCUUAGAGUGCCUUGCUAAGGACCCACACAUACUGCUGCAUCAUCUUCAUGCUGCAUUCUGUCUGUCUCACUGUCUCCAUGCAACAUUCAGCAAAUUACAUGUACAGAAAGAAUGAAUUCACAGUAUGCGUUAUGUGUAACCUAAAUAAUUUUAUUUUUGCAUUUAUGUCUAGCUCUAUGUUGCAUAUGUACAUGCGUGUGUGUAUAUAUAUUCUUCACGUAUGUAUUUGUGUGUGUCUGUAUGUGUGGGUGUAUGUGUAUAUAAAAUACAAAUAAAUAUAUAUAAAUUAUGUGCAGCCAUGCAAACUCAUAUAUAUAUCUCUCUCAAUUUCCUCAGUAUUCUGUUGGUGCUAAAAAAACUAACACCUGCAGGAAAAAGUUAGUCGCACACUCUGCAGUUUUGGAAUAAAUUAUGCAUAACAGACAUUUCAAUUCUAAUAUUAAAACAAAGCGUAUGCUGAAUGUAUUCUCAUUAUGGCUUUAUUGCUAAUCCCAACUAUGUGCUUUGUUUUGGUGUGUUUGUGCAUUAAUAAGUGUGUACAUUUGUAUGCCUACACACACUGUGGAUAAGUCUUGGACCACAACGAACAAUUCAAAUUAAAGCCAUGUCUCCAAACAGGAAGUGUUUGGAGAAAUAAACCCUCUAUAACUAUAUAAUGCAAAGAUUAAUGGAGUGGAAAUAGAAUAAUAGAAAAAACAUGAAAACGUACAAAUGUUGUUUCAACACAUAUUAAUUGUGAUGCCCUUUAGAUUGGGACCCAGCUUAACUAGUUAAGUGGCUUAAAAAAAAAAGAAGCUUUUUUUUUUUUUUUUUUCUUGUAUAUUGUGUCCUGUAGUGUGUGGAUGUAUUUAUCAGAAAUGUGUUUUGUUUUUUUUUGUUUUUUUUUAUAUAGCGAUUUAUCUAUCAAGAAAACAUUUCUGCCAAGUAUAGGGUGGCCCAAACUUUAUUGCACCACGCUCUAUAUACCUGUUCUGUUAGAUGGCACAAUAGAGGUUGAAAUAUGAAAAGUCAUGGACAUUGCCAGUCUGGGAGACUUCAAGCACCAUCACCACUACAGCACACUGUAGUGCAGAGGUGCCCAAAAGGUAGAUCUCCAGAUGUUUUAAGACUACAGCUUCCAUGAUGCUUUGUCAUUCUUAAUGCUUGAGUUGUAGUUCUACAUCAUCUGGGGAACUACUUUUUGGGCACCCCUGCUGUAGUGGUUAUGGUGUAUGUACAUUGUUUGACUUCUUACCUGAUGUCUGCCAGAAAGUGAGAGCUAUACGCUCCUGUUAAUAGCCUCCGUUAGCUCUCCUGAGCUAAACCCUGCAGUGCAUGGCUUGCUCAUAUGCUGUGUUUUCAGUGUUCUGAUGUUUUGAUCCAAUAAUGUAUUGCUUAAUUCGUAUUCUCAUUCUCUAUAAAAGUUUGCAGGGUAGAAUGAAACCAAUGACUAUUCACUGCCAGCUAUAGCAUGUAAACUGCCUAUUCAAAAAUAAGUGUUCAUUUUCAUUCUUAUGUUAAGUACCAUCAUUUUCUAUCCAUAUGUUAACUUGUGAAUGUGCUUUUUGGCAAAGAACAGCUUUUGCUUUUAAGCUUUUCUUUUAUUUUUUUGGUUAGUAUUCAUUUUGUAGAGAGUGUGUGUCUGUGUGUGUGUGUGUGUGUGUAUAUAUUGUUUCGGAAUAUAUGUGUAGACACACAGGGUUAUUUAGUAAAGUGAGACUUGUUGGCAGUCCCAAGUGAAUUUAAAAUUUAAGACGGCAGUAGCAGAACUGGAAGCAUAGCUGAUAUAAAUUAUAUUUCAGAUUUGGAAAUUUUGCACUUAAUUUUAAAAUUCACUUGGAAAUUCCAUCAACUCUCGCUUUAGUGAAUAACAAUGAUAGAAUAAUUUUACUCUAUGCAGACCUAGAAAGUUCCGUUACACACAUAGAUUCUGUGCUGGUGAUUUACUACAUCUUUAAUCACAACCAUUGUUUUUUUUGCGGGCUAGGGGGAGAAAGUCUUGAAUGCUGUUUAGAUUGUAGCAUUUGCAAUGUUAACCAUUCCUCUGUGUAUCAGUGCAUGGGUAUGUGGCCAAUAUUUCCCCUGAAAAAGUAAAACUAAAAUCUGUGGCAAAGCAUAUGAGCUAAAAGUUGUGUACACAACACUUCUGUGCUCGUGGUUCCUUCUGCUGAACAUUGAGAACUUGGUGUGUCUAUCAUAUUAAAGGAACAGUUCAAGUACCAUAACCACUAGCACCUGUAGUACUUGUUAUGGUGCUAGGAGUGACCUGGCACUUUCCCACAGUAAGUAGAUAAAUUGACAAUUUAACUGGGUUCUGUUAGGUGCCCAUCGCACCCUCAUCUGACCCCCUAAUCUCCUGCCCUGAGCUAAGCCUGAUGGUGCAGGGAGCGCAUCCAGCUCCAGAGGAGGCGGUAGCAGGCUCCUGGCAGACCCCAGCUAAGUUGUCAAACCAUUAUUAAAUGGUUUGACUACUACUCUGGGAGAGCUUAGGGCACUACUGGUACUAUAACCACCACAGCAGACUGUAGAGGUUCAGGUGAUUGGAGUGUUCCUUUUAAUGUUCUCUCUGACUUUAAACCACUUGUUCUAUUUCAGGUGGUAUAGUAGAGAUAAUCAUAUAAAUAAAAAAUGCUCUUUUUUUUUUUACUAAUUUAAGACCUUACAUAUUUUAUUCUAAGUCAGCUGCACGAACCUCAUGCUUUGCACUUAUGUUUGUUCUUUCAUGUGCUCAUGGCUGCUUGUGUAUGUAUGUGCAGAGAGUGCCUGCAAUAGAACUUGAUAACUAUAAUCUUUACUGCACUUGACCUGUUUAUGCUUUUUGUAGCCACCCUGCAAGCCAGGACCAUAUUUGCAUAGGGGCUAAUGGAGCUGCAGCCCCAGGUUGCGUGCGCCCUUCCCAAGUUCCCCCAUUCUUCAUUCCCUCUACACAACAUUUUAUAGCAAGAGCAUGUUGGGAGUAGUACAUAUAAUCAUUACUUACAUGCUCUUGCAGUAAAAUGUUGUACAGAAGGCAUGGAGAAUGGGGACUAAGGAAGAAUGCAGAGAGGCAAAACACUUGUGGGUUGGCUAAUUCUAAAAUUAAAAGCUGACUUUGUGCCCCAUGCAGAUACUCUUGCUGCUUCUCUCUCUAACAGCCCAACAUUGUUCUGUCAUCAUGUGACUGUGGCAUACCCCCUUUUCUGCCACACACAUUACAUCCACCUCUUUCUCUGUCAGCCUUCACCAGAUACAAUACGUGUGCGAGGUAUAACGGUUUUAGUUUCUUCUGUCUAAGAUUCUGUAAUUAGGCUCAUAAUAAUCAGCACCAGACCCAAUAGGCUCUUAAUUCAGCACUGACUCAAGCAAAGGCUGCUGUGGAUCAACGGAGUAAACCAUUUUUUUACAGAUUUAUGUAUUGAGGAAUGCAUGUUAUAAUUUUAGAAAAAUAUAUACAUCUAUGGAGUGUGUGAAUGUGUAUGUGCAAAUUUGCGUGUGUAUAAUAGAACACACACCACUAUUAACUUGCCAAGUUCUUCAGCAGAAUUGUGGGUCCAGAAAUGAAAAGGGGUAUUUAAGAAAUCAUGUGAGGAUGAGUCUGUUUUAAGUGUUAUCUUUCGAUUAUGUUUGAGGAUAAGGGGCAUCUUCAUGCACACAAUCCUGUUAAUCCCCUCUUCAUUUCCUAUUGCAUCUGACUUCAAAAGGGUUAAUAGUUCCCCUUACUGUCAUACAUGCCUUUUAUAGGAACUCUUUAUGAGUUAGGGGAGUUGUGACAUAUUACAUGCCCCACUUUUUACCAGUGUUAAAAGCUUGAAGGUUUGUGGUCAAUAAACCUAACUAUUUUUUAUCAUCUUAGUAUUUAAUCAGGACAGCAAAGGUAAAUAUUCUUACAAGCGAGGGGCCUUUGUGAAAUGCCCUCGCUCUGGUUUUGUUUUGUAUUUUAAGCCUGUGUUCUUUUAACGAUUGUAGAUUAUACUAAAAAAAAAAAAGUUAUUUAUUUAAUGACUUUUCUUCUUUUGACUAAAGAGCUUUUCUUUUAUUUUCAUUUUGUUUUUCUGUACCAGUUGUUUGGG